UUGGAUCAGGGAGCCCUGGGUGGUUUGGAUCAGGGGGCCCCGGGUGGUUCGGAUCAGGGGGAGGAAGCCGAUGAUCAGCUGAGGGAGGAGGAGCUCGGCUGAGCCCAGCAAGUUGAGCUGCUGCUGCCAUGUCCGUGUGAGCCAGCUCGGAGCGCUCUCUCACAGCGAGCCCUGCUCGGGGACAGUCAGCCAUGAGCCGGGACACGGGGUGCGGCAUGCGGUCGGUGGUGGGCUUCCUGUCCCGGAGGGGGCUGCGCGGAGACCCCCUGCUGAAGGAGGACUUCCAGAGGAGGCGGCUGCAGGCCUGCAGGAACCUCUACAAAAAGGACCUGCUCGGCCACUUCGGCUGUGUCAACGCCAUCGAGUUCUCCAACCGAGGGGGGGACAUGCUGGUCUCAGGUGGGUGUCAUGGCGGAGGGAGGGGAGGGGGGACAGUAAACCUGAGCCCCCCCCAAAUCUGUGACAACCAAUAUUCCGCACCCUAAAAAAACAACCCCGCCCCCUGGCCGCACCCCUCAAACAACUGCAGCCCCCAGUCUGGAAAUGGGGGACUAGGAACUCAUCAGCCCCCCCAAAAUAACAGGCAGGCCCCAGUGCCCACGGUGUGUCACUGUAUACACCUCAGGCUGGCAAGGCAUUGUGGGUGUUGUAGUUCCUGAUCAUAGGGAGGGGGGGUCUCUACCUGUGGGCCCAACACUGUCUUAAAUUUAUUAAUUCCCCAAAACACAACUCACCCUAAAACAUCACAAGUUAAACUAGAGUUUUCUCCUCACCAAUGCUGACAUUUCAGGUUGGCAGGAAACAUGUAGAGUCAAGGUGAUUAUUUAAUUUUUUUCAUUUUUAUUUUUUUUCUUCACCCUAUUAUUGUUAUUAUUAUUAUUUUUUUUUUACAAGUACAGUAGUUACAUAUUCCACAGUGGGUAUGUAAUAAGCUGCAAGUAAAUGACAAUGAUUAAAAAAAAAAAGAGGUGGAGAGGGUCCUCGCCACAUGAGCUUGCAAUUUACAGAUUUAAAUGAGCUCCUUGCGUACCAUAACUGCCAUAGCAAGUUCUCAUAGUUAUAGCGCAAACUGUCGGUAGGCGCUGUCCACCUGUUUAUGACAAUACAUUUACGUAGUAUUGACAUAAAUAUGGUUCUGCACAAGCCCACUGCUAGCCUCUCACCUGUGGCUUUACUAAUGUGAAAGUCAACUUUUUAAUCAGGCCAUCUAACCUCGCACAGCGAUAAUAGGCUGAGAGAGUUGGCUAUUCUGCCUUGUGUGCACUCAGCCUAUUAGUCCCACUAUAAGUUGGACAGAGCCCUGAUCUCUUCACCAAGACCCAGCCAGCCACAAAAAGAGACCUUUGAUCCUUCCCUAUUACCCAACCAGCUACACCAGGGACCCCUGAUCCUUCCCUAUUGCCCAACCAGCCACAAUCAAGGACCCCUGAUCCAUUGCCCCAGGACCCAGCAUACCACAAACUGGACCCCUGGAUUGCCUUCCCUAUUACAUAACUAGCCACAAACCGAGCCCUUGAAUCCCUUUCCCAGAGCCCAACCAGACACAAUCAGGAAGCCCUAAUCCCUAUACUGUAUAUCUAUAUCAGGGUUUAAAAUAAGGGAAGAAUUGUUAGUCACCAGCGCCAAAUUUUCACUCACAUGUGGCUAGUGCAGAGUGGAAAUUUUGAGCCCGUUUGUGUGUGUGUAUUUUCAAACGUCUUUGAGAUCUUAGUGGUCUGUUCUUGUUUUAGAAGCUUGCACUCUAGUAGUUUGAUUUAGCAUUUCUUAGGAACUGUUCUCAGAAAAUAAAAGUUCUUCAGUCUUUCACCUCAGGAAAGCAUUUAUUAAAGUGAAAAGUGCAGCACUGGUAAGUAAAUAAACACACCACUGAAGCACUUCCUGGUUAUAGUACCAUGGUGCUCCAGGCAAGCCCAUACAUGCAUGGGACGUGUAUAUAAUGGUGCCAGAAGUAUGCACAUAUGCCUGCACCAUUCAGGAGGUGAAGGGGUUAAAAAAAAUUGCAUUAGCGUCAGCCUGAGCAGCAAUGGGCAGCAGUGAUUGGCUCAGAGUGUCAGCUGACCACAGUAAAAGUUUUACUUAAAUUUUUCGAGCACUAAGGCUCCCUCGGUGCUGCUAACCUCUCCACCUCCAGCAACGUCACUGAACAGGCCUGACCUCCUCCUCCACGAUGGUCCAAUCAAAUGCUCCUUGUAGAGGUGCGUGUGCGUAUUCAAUGCUUUCCUAUAGUCCAGGGGUUCUCAACCCAGUCCUCAAGUACCCCCUACCAGUCCAGGGAUUACCCUGUUGUGUCUAAAGUGUCUUUUUUUCUGAAAACUUCUUAGACAAAACUGGGUAAUCCCUAAAUCCUGGACUGUUAGGGGGUACUUGAGGACUGGUUUGGGAACUACUGCUAUAGGCUAUCACAUCAUGUGACAGCGUAAGCGCCUCCGGUGACUAUCAGUAUGAUAGCCACUACACGUGGACUUUAUUAACUUUGCCUUGUAAACUUUGCAGAUCCUAAAAAAAAACUGCAAUGAUAUUGCAGAAUUUAAAGGAAAGGGCCAUUGCACCCACACCACUGAGGCGAUGAAGUAGUGUGGGUGACUAUAGUGUCCCUUUUAAGAUUUGAAUGAUUUCCUCAUUAGGCAGAUCAUAAGAAUUCCACCAUAAUAUUUUUUUUUUUCCUGAAUUUUCAAUCAUUUUUGUGUUUAUAUGUACCCAAAAAUGUGGUAAGGAGCUAGACACCAUAUUCUGACAUUUCUACUAAUUAUCAAUUAUGAACCCUGAUUAGUUCCACAGCCUUUCCUUGUAAAAUCACAGUAGCCCAAAACUUAUUACUAUUACUUUUGCCCAAAUGAUUGCUAAAUAUUUUAAUGCAAUAUUUUAAAUAUUAUCACAUCACCACUAUAUUUAUUUGCUAAUCACCCCAAAAAUUCUUGGCAACCUCCUGAUUUGUUAUGUUAACAUAUAUCAUGGUCCAUAUGGCUUCAUUACAAUGAGUCUCAAGACUUUCGAGAUUACAUUAACAGAGUUAUUCACUAAAGUAUGAGUUGUCAGAAAGUAAAAGCUAAUUUCACAUUCUAGGCUAAAAUAGCCAAACUGAAAGUGUGACUGAUUUGGAGAUUUUAUUUUCCAAUUCAGAUAUUUUGGACUAGAAUUUGACAUUCACUUUGAAGUCCCAACAAUUCACACUUUAGUGAAAAAUCCCAGGAGUUGUGGUGAGUUCACAAGGGGUUUACAAAUAGUCCAGUUGUAAAAUAUAUCUGACUUGAGUUAGAUAUGUUUUUUUUUUUUUCUAGCUGCGAGCUUGAGAAUUUUGACACACUGGUUUUAAUUCACCAUCACUCCAAGUUCAGCAAUAUUAUGUUUAUUUAUUUUCUGCCUUCUGGGUUUCAGAUAUUGUCUGUCAUUCCAGGCACAUACACUUACAUGCUUGAUUCGUAUAGGGUAAUUUACUAACAUGGGAAUUUAAAUUCAAUUUCAAAAGUUCUGCUGUGACCCUUUUGCACUUAGUGCUGCAAUGUAAAACGGGACGGGGGGGACCUAUUAACCCUAUAGUGCCAGGAAAACAGCUUUGUUUUCCUGGCACUAUAGAAUCUAUUUAAAAAGGACACUAUUGACACCCAGACCACUUCAUCUCAUUGAAGGGAUACUGGCACUGGACUCAACUAAGGGACCGAAGGUUUUUUUUAACACUUUCUGCACUUUGGUGGGGGCACCAGAUAGGGGGUGCUAUAGUUUCCUUUUAAGGCCAGAGAACUGAAAGCAUAACUGACUUAGAGAAUGUUUCCAGUUUGGCUACUUUGACCUUAAAUUUUAAAUUCACAUUGAAUUCUCACUGUAGUGAAUAACCCUGUUAAUGUAACAUGGGACAUGCAUGUUCUAUACUGGCUGAGAUUGAUGGGAAUAAUGCUCCAGGUUUGCAGCUCCGGCAGUUCUGCCCUUCUUUGUUUAGGAUAUGCCAAUCAAGGUAAAAGGGAGAAAGAGAGAUGCCCUGUGCGCCCAGGAUGGCAGCUCGGGGAGAAGUACAGAAUUUACUGUGGCACCUAAUACUGUGCAACAAGGACUUUGAAAACAUGAGCAGCCCUUUAACCCCUUAAGGACCAAACUUCUGGAAUAAAAGGGAAUCAUGACAUGUCACACAUGUCAUGUGUCCUUAUUGGGUUAAAAUGACAGGCAGAUUGUCUAUCGUGUGUGUCAACUUCUGGGCCUGCGUUCGUCAUAAUUGAGUUUUACUUAUAUUCAUUUGUUUCUUUUAAAAGCUGUGUUAUAGUUUGCCGUUAAUUUAUGCAAGACUUUGUGUGCCUGUACUUUAGGAACUGCAGUGCUUGCAUAAUUUAAAACUGAAGCUGUAUGCAGUAAGUGUCAGAUGUGCAUUACAAUAAACAGUUUCCAAAGCAGUAAUGCUGUGAUAAAGGAAAACUACACUGCCCAAAUAAAAGCAACUUUAAAAAAAUUACUGUUUAGUAGAUGUACCACCAAUGAAAAACGUGCAUGCAUUUCAAUAAGCUUUUUUGUUGUUGUUCCUAUAUCUAAAAUAGACCAUGAAAGCUGCAGAUCUCAUAUCAGCAGUUUUUUUUUUUUUUUCAAGCCCUCCCCUUCUUACCUAGCCCUGGCUUUCCGUGACUACCCAAUCACAGACUUCUCAACACAGCUCAAUGAGAAGUCUUUGCAAGGCAGGUGCUCUGAGCAACUGCUUCCUCUUGGGUUUAGCUCCACUGGACGAAACCACCAGGAAGUAACAGGACUUGUUGUCUGACAGCUGGGGUGGUUAAAAAGUUAAUUUAUAAAAGUGCCAAUUUCUAUUGAAAUCUGCAAUUUUCUAAAAUGGAAAAAGAGGGUACACACUGCACACAUAAAUUACAGGAAGCUGAACUUUUGGGGGUCUGGAAUGUCCCUUAAAGUAGAGAAUGUGUUUUUAAAAGGAAACCUGUGACCAUUUUUAAAAUUGCAGUCAGAAUUUUCGUAUUGAAAACCAGAGUAAGGAUUAUAUCACUAACAUUUUAGUGCACGCUUUAAACAAGAGCUGAACACUGUAGUUUUAUCAUCUAUUGUAUAGAUGGUGAUGGCUCUUCGCUUGAGAAACCACAACUGCCAUCAUGCUCAAGCAGCCACAAACAUAUUUUCAUUUUGGAUGAUGUGUGAGUAUCAUGGAGCUUGUAAUCCCACAACUGGACGAGUGCCUGUAAAAUAUUUCUUAUAAAUAUUUUACGUUUUAAAUUUUAUUAACUUCAUAUGCCUUCCAUUUCUGGCCUUUCUUGCCAUCUUACAGUGAUUACCCUUUUUGCUCCAAUAGUACAGGACAUGUGUACAACUGAACUAUAAUUCCCAGAACCCCAUUGCCAUCCACAUAAAAUCCUGCUGGAGCAUCCCUUCAAUCUAUAUUUUCAGCCAUAGUUUUAAAGUGAGCCUGGUGUUACAAUAUUAACUUACCUGAGAUCGCUUACAUAUACUUUGAAUACAUCAUAUAUCACAAAGAUACAUGAUGUAUUCAAUGUAAAAUAUAAAGAUUUAUUCACCUCUCCUCCGUUCCAGUGUCGCUUCACAAGAAGAACAACACCCACCUCCUGGCUGUCCUCCCCUCCGUCUCCGGUCUUCAGCGAUUUGAAAUGCUUGAGGACACUUCCAAAAUCAGGGAAGACAUCCUCAAUGACGCCAGUACACUGGCUAUAAUUGCCAGCAUGCCAGUAUCUGAAUGGAGUGACAUAUUGUCAUUAAAUGUGCUUGUUAGGUGGUUUCCAUAGCAACCACAGCAUAUGCUUUUUAUGAAUUGGGCUACUGCUUUGGCUUAGAGCGUCAGCUGACAAUUCUAGCCAAACAAUGGCGCGCCUGCCCAUCGGCACUCCGCACCUCCUGUAACUCAGAUUCAGAAGCUGGGUGCCACCGGGGGGACCUGGAGAUCAGCGCUGGAGGCAACCUUUGGGUUUCCUCUUAAGGCAAGAGUGCGCCUGGGGGCCUUCUAGCACCAUAACAACUUCAUUUAGAUAAGCUUGUUAUGGUGACCGGAGUGAACUUUUAAGUCCAAAUGCAGACGAGAUCAGCAAAAGUCCAUUUAAACAGCUAAAUUUAAUUCAAAUUUGAAAUUCUGAUAUUUAGGACAGCCCUCUGGUUGAAAUUUAAUUAUUUGUACCACAAGACCACCAUUUAGUGUCUUUAAAUCAGUACAGUCAUGGUUUUUUUUGUCUUUCCUUUUCAAAUGCCCCUUGUAUUUAUAUUCCCCCACUGCCAGUGGCUUGCCGCAGACAAAAUCCUGCAAAAUGAUAAUCCACUUUAAAAUCAGUAAUUCUCACAUGCGAAUCCCAUUUAAAAUAUAGGAUUUGCAUAUUUAUUGAACAAUAUUAUCAGCUGGAUUCAGUUUGAAUAAAUCUUUUUGCAGGCAAACCCUCAGGAACUGGUGUUUGUCCACUGGAUGCACAAACAGCCAGGGGAAAAUGGUUGCAAUAAUAAGAAAAUGAAAUACAUUUAUAAUUUAAAUGCAAUAGCCUAAAUAAAUAUUUCAGGGUUAUCUUUGAACCCUCUGGAGUUCAUAAUUUUUCUUCCAGAUUUUUCAAACAGUAGCUCCUAUUAGAAUUUCACAUCUGUACAAUAAUAAAUCUUGUGAACACGGUCCAUAUUUACCUUUUCAAAUGGAAGUUAGAUUAUUAUUGAUGAUUUGGAUAGACAGCAUCUGAACUUUAUUGAAUAACCUUAAUCGUAAAUUUUAAAUUUUAAGCCACAAUAGAAACCUUUUCCAAGUUACCUGUGUUUUCAGUACAACUAUUUAGAAUGUAUUCCCAGCAAUCCACAGUAUAGUAAGGAGCAAAUGGAAUAGCUAAUUUGGAAACUUUUUUUAUUUUAUAUUGUCUAUUUUAGCCUCAUUUAUUUUAAAAUUCAGUAUUUUGUAAACAAAAAAAAAAAUCUGCUGUUGACUUCAUCUGUUAAUUAUGGAAAAGAAUACAUCUGUAUGUCAAUAAGAUUUGGUUAAACAAAAUGUUUUAUUGUCAUUCAACGUUGUGAAGAAAAUGGACUUUUAAUUGACAUUUUAUUCAGUAUUUUUCCUGUGUACUACCUGUAUAGUGAAUGUAUUAGUUCGUUAGUUUGAAACUACCGAACGCCGACCACCCUCCUGGCUUAUUAACUACAAAGGAACCAGCUAUUAAGUGCUCCCUGGGUGGCCGCUGUUCGUAUAGCCGAACGCCACGUGGAAUAGAAAACGGCGGCCAUCUUGUUCGCACGAGGGGAGUCAGCGGGACUUGGUCGUCGAGUGUCUGGAACUAAAAUCUGACACUCGACCCCGCGAACCACCGCUGAAACUACCGAGCGCCAGCUUCUUGUAUUUCCCGAACAGCCAGGGAAGCGCCGUUUGGUAGUUCUAUGCGAACAGACAAGGGGAGCAAUCGCUGCUAUGAGCCAGGGGGAUCCAUUCGGGACUUUUGUUCGGUUUUUACAGAUUUGUGAAUUGACCGACAGCACAUGCUGAAUUCAUGGAACUGUUUUGGGCAGGAGCCUCGUGUGUGGUCGGUAAAAGGGACCCUCCACACUUUUUCAGAACCCCUGAACCGAUCUGGGUGAAAUUUGGAUAUGUUUGUCCCCCAGAUCGGGGCUAUCAGGGGAUAUGUAAUUUGUGGGGAUACCUUGCGGGGAAAGGGGUGUUCUAAGUUUUGGGGAAAUUGUGUGCUCUCUGGCUGGAGAUAAUUAGAAACAUAGAAACAUAGAAUGUGACGGCAGAUAAGAACCAUUCGGCCCAUCUAGUCUACCCAAUUUUCUAAAUACUUUCAUUAGUCCCUAGUCUUAUCUUAUAGUUAGGAUAGCCUUAUGCCUAUCCCACGCAUGCUUAAACUCCUUUACUGUGUUAACCUCUACACAGAUAAGUUAUUCCUUAACUUAUCUCAAUAUCUCCCAGGCAGAGAGAGGGUGUGUAUUACUGUAAAUCUGUAUGUUGAUUGGCUGUUGUGUUUGUUUGCUGUGGGAGGUCCUCUUGCAGGAGGAUUUCUCAUAGAAGCCCGUGUGUGUCAAUAAAUUUCAUUCCUGUUACACCCUUCAUGAAGUCUAGGCUCAUGUUUGGGGGAUAUUCUACUUGCUGGGAAGAAUCACCUUGGAACUGCAUUUCAUCUACCUUAUUCCUCUACUCCCUGCUGCAGCUAUAAUCACUCAUGCACAGCUGUUAGGAAAGGUAACAAAAGACCGCAGUACCAUAACCACUGCAGGUCUUAGCAAACGUAAAAUACUGGUACAGAUCAAAGGGUAUAUACAGGGUUUAUUCAUUUGGUUUAUAAACAUAUAACCUAUUGGUCUGUUUUAUUUUGAAAAUCACAAAUCUUAAUCUAUUCCUCCUGUGGAAGGCUGCAAAGGCUCAGAUUAGUAUUUUGCAGAUGGAAGUCAUUAUUAUAUAAAUACACAUCCAAAUAAACUGUAGUGUCAGACAACACAUUUCCUGAGUUCUGUUUGGCUUUGUGUGGUUAUCAUAUUGGGUUUGGAAUAGAAUUUUUUAAACCAGAUAAUUAUUCUUUAAAAUUUAUAUACAAAUUAGUAUUAAUAUAGAAAGUUUGUAUCUAGAUUAAUAUUGUUAUAUAAAGUUUGUAUCCAGAUUCGUAUUGUUAUAGAAGGUUUGUAUCCAGAUUCGUAUUGUUAUAGAAGGUUUGUAUGCAGAUUCGUAUUGUUAUAGAAGGUUUGUAUCCAGAUUCGUAUUGUUAUAAAAAGGUUUGUAUCCAGAUUCGUAUUGUUAUAGAAGGUUUGUAUCCAGAUUCGUAUUGUUAUAGAAAGUUUGUAUCCAGAUUCGUAUUGUUAUAGAAGGUUUGUAUCCAGAUUCGUAUUGUUAUAGAAAGUUUGUAUCUCGAUUUAUUAUUUUGUUAUAGAAAGUUUAUAUCCUGAUUCGUAUUGUUAUGUCAAAAAAUUUAUCCAUCUUAACUUCAGUCACAACAGUUGAAAUGGUUGUAAAUGUUAAGAUUUUAUGUGUGUGUGUGUGUGUGUGUGUGUUACUGUUCCUUUAAACUGCACUCUGAUGGCUCUUAUCUUUUUGGAUCUGUAUUUUCCAGACGUCACACCCAUUGUAUAUACAUACAUGGUGUAAACAAACCACCGAACCACAGUACAUGUUUCAGUUAUGUUGUAAAGUAAAUAAAGCAGUUGACAUAAUUAAAUGUAUCCCUGAAAAAUUCUAGAACUGACUCUAAUAUUACACAUAAUAAAGAACAAUUAUCAACCACAUCUCCUCUUCUAUUUGUCUGAUGGCUAAAAUAGAUAAUCGUAUUUAUAUCUCUCUGGCCGUCUGCUUUAAGCAGAUUUAACUCCAUCAGUGGGCGCAUAUGACCAGCUGAGGAUGAUAUACAAUAACUUAGAAUUCUAUGUAUCAGGAAGAAAAAGCUUAUUUAAUAUCUGCGACAUCACUAUCCAAAAAAAAUAUCUGCCUUAACUAAGGAUAACUACAUCUUUCCUCUGCAAUUUUGGUAUUCUUUCUUCAUUUAGUAUAUUAUAGAUUUUAUUUUAAAGUAUCUGAUUUUUUUUGUGUGUGUGUGUGUAGCUAUUUAUAUUAUUUACAGAAACACAAUAACAUACGAAUACGCAUCUCUAACCUAAGAGUGUGUUACUCCCACACAAACAUACACACCUUAAAUAUGUAAAUGAUUAUUAUUGCUAUUUAUAUAGCGCCAACAGAUUCCGUAACGCUUUACAAUAUUGUGAGAGAGGGAUUUAACUAUAAAUAGGACAAUUACAAGAAAACUUACAGGAACGAUAGGUUGAAGAGGACCCUGCUCAAACGAACUUACAUUCUAUAGGAGGUGGGGUGUAAGACACAUUAGGACAGGAAAUAGCAAUCAAACAAGGUGGGAGUGAAGCAGAGCUGGAGGAGAGAGUAUGAGACAGGUAUGUGAGGUGGAGGUUACUCUGGAAGCUUUCCAUAAGCUUCCCUAAAGAGAUGGGUUUUAAGGCACUUCUAAAACCAUUGAAGACUAGGGCAGAGUCUGGCGGUAGGCAGGCUAUUCCAUAGGAAGGGAGCCGCCCGUGAGAAGUCGUGUGAGUUGGUCGUACAGGUGCGAGCAAGGGGCAGAGCGGAGAGACCGAUUAGGGGCAUACCUUUAGAUCUGUGAAGAGAUAUAAGAGGGGCUAGAAUCAUUCAAUGCUUUAUAGGUAUCGGUUAACACUUUUAAUUGACUCCUAUAGGAUAAAAAAGCCAAUGUAAGGACUGGCAGAAGGGUGAGGUGUGUGAGGACCGACUAGACAGGAAAAUCAGUCUGGCGGCAGCAUUCAUUACAGACUGUAGCGGGGCAAUACGGCUAUUGGGAAGACCAAUUAGGAGAUGGGUACAAUAAUCCAUGCAGGAAAUUACUAGAGCAUGGACAAGCUCCUUGGUAGCAUCUUGCACAAGAAAGGAGCGGAUGCGGUCUAUGUUUUUAAGAUGGAAUCUACAGGAUUUGGCAGCAUACUGGAUGUGAGGCCAGAAUCAAGUAUGACACAAAGACAGCGUGCUUGCAAGGAUGGACUGAUCUGGAUACCACUAACUUGAAGGGAAAGAUAAAGAGAAGGAUCAGUAUUAGGAGGAGGAAAGACAAGGAGCUCAAUUUUAGAGAUUGCGUUUCAGAAAGCGGGAGGACAUCCAGUCACAAAUGGAAGAAAAGCAAGCAGGUAUAUUUGAGUGUCAUCAGCGUACAGGUGGUAGAGGAAUCCAAAUGAGGUAAUAUGUUUGCCAGGAGAGGCAGUAUAAAGAGAAAAUAGAAGGGGAUGAAGGAAAGAGCUUUGGGGGACUCCAACCCGAGACAGGACAAGGGGAGGAGGUAUCAUUAGAAAAGGAGACUCUCAAUGACCAUUGGGAGAGAUAAGAGGAAAACCACGAGAGGACAAAGUGAUUGAAGAGUUUGAAGAAGGAGAGCAUGAUCAACGGUGUCAAAGGCAGCAGAGAGGUCAAGAAGAAUUUGUAUGGCGUAGUGGCCUCUGGGAUAAAAGGUUUUAGUCACAUUUAGUUUCCUGGUGCACUGGUCUCGCCAUGGCUGCUCCUCAUCUGCCUGAGAUUGUCAUUACUGUUGCCCUUAGCACUGAGAGCCUAAUAUGCAUGUACGCUAAUUGCAAUGCUGCACAAGUCAGCAUCUCCUAUAAGAGUUAUAUUGACUCUGUGCACAUCUUUGGGGAGGUGUAUGAGCAGAAUCUAGGCUUGUUGCUCUCUGUCCAACUUGUCCUGUUGCAAAUACUUGUCUGUUGUUCCACCUAUCGUACAGUGCUGCUGAAACUGUUGGAGCUUUAGUACCACACCAGGAAGCACCUCUACUGGCUUUUCUGAGAGUCUGCCACUAAUGGUGGCUGUAGGGACAAAUGUAAGCACUAAAUUUUCUAAGAAACACCACCUGCAGUGUAAUAGUUUUGGUACUUUUGGUGUCCUUUUGAGUAAACCUGGUGACAUCAAAGCAAGCCCUUGGACAGAGUGUUUCUGAUCUUGUACCAAUUGCUGAAUGCAGAUCUUUGUGACACAGAUGAGAUUUGUGAAGGCAUGGGUAUUGAUAGUGCUCUCCUUCUCAUACCCUGUCAUUUAACCCCUUAAGGACACAUGACAUGUGUAACAUGUCAUGAUUCCCUUUUAUUCCAGAAGUUUGGUCCUUAUGGGGUUAAAGGGACACUCCAGUGCCAGGAAAACAAUCCGUUUUCCUGCCACUGCAGGUCCCCUUUCCCUCCCACCUCCCAUCCCUGGUUGCUGAAGGGGUGAAAACCCCUUCAGUCACUUAACUGAAACCCCCGCCAAUGUACCUCGGCGGUGGUUUUGAGUCGCCGCUCCUCCCCUUCCUUACGUCAGCCGGUUGGCGAGACUGAUCCCGCCCACCGGCCGUGGGGGACCUAAUGCGCAUGCGCGGCAAUGCAGCGCACGUGCAUUAGAGCUCUCCAUAGGAAAGCAUUUAAAAAUCCUUUUCAAUGCUUUCCUAUGGGGAAUUGAGCGACGCUGGAGGUCCUCACAAACCUGUGCUAUAGACACGGAAGUGCCCUCUUGUGGCUAUCUACUAGGAGGAGUUAACCCUGCAAGGUAAUUAUUGCAGUUUAUAAAAAAAACUGCAAUAAUUACACCUUGCAGGGUUAAGGGUAGUGGGAGUUGGCACCCAGACCACUCCAAUGGGCAGAAGUGGUCUGGGUGCCUGGAGUGUCCCUUUAAGUGUAUGACAGUUAGAUGUUUUUGUUUUUUUUACACCUUUAUGGAGCUUGCUUGACUCCUUCACAAUGUUCUUCUGCAUUCACAUAUAAACUUGUAGAAUAGGAUACUGGAAUAGUAAGAUUUGAAGUUGAGCUAGAUGAUAAUUGCCACCUGGUGUGCUAUACCACGAAAUCUGCAUGUGAGCUGGAUGGUCCUGGAGUAGAACCUCAAGCUACUCAUGAUACAGCAGAAGCAAAUAUUGUACGUGGAGAAGAGGAUGCACCAAUCAGCCUCUUCUCAUAGACAUACAUUCGCUAAUUGCAUAUCUAUGGGGAGCAUUUUGUGUCUUCACACAGAGAGUGAAGAUGCCAAUCACCAUUCCUGCAAAGAUUGCAGGACCACAGCAGGAAGUACCUCUAGUGGCUGUUAGUGACAGCCCCUAGAAAUAUCCUUAGUGACAAAAUCAAACACUGCCUUCUCUUGGAAAGGCAGUGUUUACAAUUGUCAGACUGCAGGGGACAUGCAUUUUGCAGCAGGACCUGCACUGGGUUGCAGUGGUUUUGGUGCUUAGUGUACCUUUCAUUUUUAUUGAAAUUACGACAUAAUCAAAAGACAAAGGCAAAUUAGGGACUACUGUGUCUCAUGGUGCAAGCCCACAAUUGACAAUUCUUCCUAAAAAGAGAAGCAUCUACCAUCAAGUCUUGAAAGUUUUUUUUGGGGGGGGCGGGGGGGGGGUUGGUCUCUUUCUCCCAAAUUGCAGGAUACGUUCUAUGGAGGAUCCUGUGGUCUUGCAUUCAUUUUACACUUUGCAAAAAGCAAAACAUAGCCACGGGUUGAGAGUAAUUGGCAGAAACCCAGGCAGUGUGCUGUGUCAUCCUCAGUGUGAAUCAUUGGAAAGGGACGGGUUUCUGGCAAACUGCAUCAGUACAUUAAAGAAAAUAUCAGCUAUAGUGAGUACAAAGGUAAUAGUAAACCCUAUGCUGUAAGUCCAGUAAGAAAGGUAAACAUCCAUUAGGUAAACAAUCCUUCCAGAAUGGUUGUGAAAUACAAUCACACAUUUAUCGUAAUAUAUUGUCUAGAAGAAAAUAUGAUUAAUGGGAAACUACAGGCACCCAGACCACUUCAGCUCUUUGAAGUGGUCUGGGUGCACUGUCACAGUCCCUUUUAAAGGGAUACUAUAGUGCCAGGAAUACAAAGCUGUAUUCCUGGCACUUUAGCUUCCUCUGCCUUCCUGCGUCCUUGUCCGCCCCCCACUUCUUCCCCGGUGAAUAAAGGGUUAAAACCCCUUUAUUUACUUACAUUAUCCCAGCGCCAAUGUCCCUCGUUGUGGCCCUGCCCCCGCUGACGUUCUGCGAUGAGUGGGCGCUAAUAAAAAUGCUCGAAAAAUGCAGCGCGCGCAUUAGACCUUCUCAUAGGAAACCAUUGAAUCAAUGCUUUCCAAAGGGGGGGGGGGAAAUCUGACGCUGGAUGUCCUCAUGCCGAGCGUGAGGACGUUCAGCAGCAGAUACUGAACCAAAGGUCCAUUUUGAUUCAGGAAGCCCUCUAGUGGCUUUCUGGGAGAGAGCCACUGGGGGCAGACUUAGAGCUGCAAUGUAAACAUUGCAGUUUUUCUGGCACUGCAAUGUUUUACAUUACAGCACUACGUGAAAAAGGGACACUGUACCCAGACCACUUCAGUUAGCUGAAGUGGUCUGGGUGCCUAUAGUGUCUCUUUUAACCUUGCAAUUAUAAAUAUUGCAGUUAUUAAUUAACUGCAAUAAUUACCUUGCAUGGUUAACUCCACCUCUAGUGGCUCUCUACCAGACCAGACUACCAAAUUUAAAGUAUAGGCUCACGUAAAAGACAUUUUCUACUUUCAUGAUUGGUUAAUUACUCGACUGCUCAGCAAUGCGUAAUCUGCAGCGCUGCACUGUUGGUAAUCCAUAGCUUCUCUAGGAAGUAAAUUCUGUGCAAAAAAAGAGACCGAUUUACAUUGACUACUGAAGCUAGUCAAAGUUUUUAUGGGCUACUUACCUUUUUCCAAGCCCCCCCUGCACUGGUCACCUCAUCUCCUCUCACCACGUCAUCAAGGAGGCAUGGCUUCCUCCGGCAAUGGUCCAAUAUUUUAACUUGAAGGGUUAGAAUGACAGGACCACUGCACCCAGUCAUUGAGAUUAUGUGGUCUGGGUGCCUAUAGUGGUCCUUUAAAGGACCACUAUAGGCACCUAGACCACUUCAGCUUAAUGGAGUGGUCUGGGUGCCAGGUCCAGCUAGGGUUAACCCUUUUUUCUCUAAACAUAGCAGUUUCAGAGAAACUGCUAUGUUUAUAUUAGGGUUAAUCCAGCCUCUAGUGGCUGUCUCAUUGAUUUUCACAGUGAGAAGAGACUGGCUGAAUGCGCGCGUGGCUCUUGCCACGCAUACGCAUUCAGCCGAGGAGGAGGAGGAGAGCUCCCCGCCCGGCGCUGGAGAAAGAGGUAAGAGGUAAACGAGUAUGUUUUCCUAGCACUAUAGUGGUCCUUUAAGAGCUCUACUUUAGUGGUGUGGGAAACAUUGCGGAAGAAAUAAAAUGCAGUAUAGGCACAAGUCAAAUUGGGUGUUAGACAUUAUUUUGUAUAAGUAAAAUACAGAGGUGAAUUAAAGUUCACCCAAGAGAGGAGUACUGCAUGUGAAUAGUUAGAACAAACAGGCUGGUAUUUUUCUCUAGACUAUUUGAGGCCAAAGACUGUCCAACGUAAAAGGAGGGUACAAUUUAUGUUCUGAGAAACAAAGAUAGUAGGUGUCUAAAUCUAAAAUUACAGCCUUGAAUUCCAGGUGUUCGUGAACCAUCUCAGUUCUGGUUUGUCUGUUGUUUUUUUUAACCAGACCAAGGUUAAGAUAACUACCUCCUCAGAGAAUCCAUAUAAUCUCUAAAUGCUAAUUGCAAUAUUUUCAGAAUAAGUAAUUUAAAGGAAUAAGAGCAGCAGAUAUACAUCAUAGGACUUUAUUUUGACUUGGGAAAAAUAUUGGAAUACUAAGUAAGCCUUGAACCUAAAAAGUUUGGGAACCACUGAAUUAUUUAUUUUUAAUUUUUUUUUUUAUUCUUUCUUUAUUUAUUCCCUGUACACAGAAACAUAUUCAGGGAUAGAAUAUCAAGCAUAUAAUAACAUUGCCAACUUGUCACAAGGUAAUAGUCUGACCGGUGAGCUGAGGGUAUUAUGGGUUUUAAAACCGUUAUAAUCUCGUAUAGGUGGUCUAGCUUGUGUAUGGUCUGUGACCUGGGUGGUGCUGUGAGGUAACAGUCCCCGCUAGUAAGGUGCAUGGCCGUCUGUGCGUAGUCACUUGGAUCGGGGGGCCCCAACCAUGAGGUCGUAAGACCAAUGAAAAUAUAGGGGAACCACUGAAUUAGUGUAUUUUUACAUAUACUGCUACACAUAGUCUAAGAUAAUCAAAACACAUUUACAUAUACUAAGAGACUAUUUCAUUAUAAAAGUGUCUAUUUUUAAAGGACCAUUAUAGUCACCUAGACUACUUAAUCUCAAUAAAGUGGCCUUUGUGUAGUGUCCCUGUCUAUAAAGUCUGCAAUGUAAAAAAAAAUGCUUACAUUACAGGGUUAAAGGGACACUACAGGCACCCAGACCACUUCAACUCAUUGAAGUGGUCUAGGUGCAAUAUCCCUUUUUGAGAAACUGCAAUAUUUACAUUGCAGGACUAAGACUGCCUCUAGUGGCUGUCUACCUGAUAGCCACUAGAGGGACUUCCUGGAUUCUAGCAGAAAUCCCUUAAAUAAGUCGUCUAAACGACGCUCUGCAUGAGGACUUCCAGCGUCAGGGAAAUCCCCAUAGGAAAGCAUUAAUACAGUGCUUUCCUAUAGGUAAGGCCUAGGGUGCGAGUGGCGCUCGCGUGCAUGCUCAUUAGGACCUAAUCAACUGACGUCAGAGGAGACGGAGUACCGUCCCAGUGCUGAGGGAGAUUAGAGCUGGAAAGGGGUGAGUAAAUAAAGGGUUUGUAAACCUUUAUGUGCCACAAGUGGGAGGAGUGGACCAGAGGGCAGUAUGACGGCCACUAGAGGCACUGAGUAAAACUCGAUCACGUGGCAUGGAAGCCCAUUGGAAGUCAUUGAUUCAAUGCUUUAUAUCGGAAAGUUUAAAUAUUUCCGAGGCACUCCCUGUACAUGAGCUUUAGGUCCCCGGUGUGCAUGUAUAUGGAGCAUUAGAUUGGAGUAUCUUAACCCUUUCUUUGUCGAAUGAGGGGGGGGGGGGCACAAUAACGUUAGGAAUUCAGAUUUGUAUUUAUAAUGUUAUAGUGUUGCUCUAACAAAAUAAAAUGGCAUAUAGGUGAUGUAUUGAUCAAGGUAUUUACUUUAAAAUAACACAUGGGAGAUGUAUUAAUCAAUUUAGUUAAAGGUACGCACUAUGGUUUGUUUUCUGUGGUGCAGUGGGGAUACGCUCAGGUGGGUGUAAGAGCUUGGGAAAUAGAAGCAUCUUUUGCCUUUUUUUUUUUAGAUACUUUCUUAGGACUCGGUACAAAAAAUAAUUUAAAUGUCACAAAUGACACAGAAUCUUCAAUCUAUCUAAGUCUGCAGCGGGAUUCUCCAUUCACCUAUAGACCUGACGUUGUAACCUGUAAUAUUAUACAGCUCUCCAUAAAAUAAUACUGACAAAUAAUUAUUUUUUUCUAUUUUUUUUUUUUCUAUUUUUUGUUAAUCACAUUGAAUGAUAGGUUUGUUUAUUAUAGGUCAUUUCAUUUAUUUGCUACCAUUGUUGUUUGUUGAAUCCAGUUGUGUGUGCAUUACUGAAGUGGUAUGUUUUACAGGUGGAGAUGACCGUCGUGUUUUAUUGUGGCAUAUGGAGCAAGCCAUUCACUCUAGAGCUAAACCUAUCCAAAUGAAGGGGGAGCAUCAUUCUAAUAUCUUCUGCCUUGCGUUCAACAGCACCAACACAAAGAUUUUCUCUGGAGGUAAGUACUCAGUCUAACACCUAAUAUAGUUUAACAUCUUUUCAAUUGCAUCUCUUAAAAAUGCCUUUUGUGACUUACCUGAGUCCAGCGCCGAUAUCCCUCAGCGCUGGCUCUGCCAAAAGUCGCUUAACGGCCCAGAAGUCCCUCUAAUGGCUGUCUAGUAGACAGCCACUAGAGGUUGAGUUAACCCACAAAGGUAAUUAUUGCGGUUUAUUAAAUUAAUAACUGCAAUAAUUACAUUUGCAGGGUUAAGGGACCUGGGACACUGCAUUCAGACCACAGCAAUGAGCUGAAGUGGUCUGGGUGCGUAUAGCGUCCCUUUAAAGAUCAUAAGAUUCUAGAUAUUAAAUAUAUUGAGAGAAAAAAAAAACCAAAAACAUUAAGUAAUUAUUUCCAGCUUGUAGGACAGUGUUUCAGCAUUCAAGUGUAAAGUACACCUCUGCAUUAAUUGUGUUCCCCAGGGCAAUUCAUUGAAGUCUGAAAUGUUGGCAGUUCAAAAUGAAUUUAACAUUGGUGAAGUAUUCAAUGUCAGCUAUCAUGGCCCAAGAAUCGAAAUUCACUUUGAAUUCCUGAUAAUUUAAACAUUACGUGAAUAACUCUGGCAGAAUUCAGUGUUGCUUGGUUUGAGCUCAAUACAUCAUGGGAGCACACAGCCCCCUUUAUCUAGGCGGGGGGGAAUCCCAGGGUAGAAUAGUAUCUUUACAUGUGCUAGCUACAUUUUACAGCUUUUUUUUCUUUCUUUAUAUUUCUUUAAAUUUUCAUUUUAUUACAAUUACAUAUCACACAAUUCCAUAAUAACAUAUAUAUAUAUAUAUAUAUAUAUAUAUAUAUAUAUAUAUAUAUAUACAUAUACCAGACCUUUCCAAUUAACAAUACAUACUAAUCUAAAUACACCUAUCAAAUUGGGCAGGUGUGCAUAUAAAUAACAAUCUCACAUUGACAAAAACAUAACACAUAUAUACAUUCAUUCACAUUUAUCAGAGUGGGGAAAAAAUUACCGUAUAUACUAGAGUAUAAGCCGAGUUUUUUGGCACAUUUUUUGGCUUAUACUCGAGUCAAUGUCUGUAUUAUGGCAACUUACAUUGCCAUAAUACAGACCAGGACCGCCAGGCUCAUUGCAAGCCCUGCGGUCCUGUUGGGGGCUGGCAGCGAGCUGUUACUUACCUUCCUGCAGCUCCUGUCAGCUCCCUUCUCCUCCGUGCAGCUCCCCUGUCAGCUCCGUUCUGCUCCCAGUGUAAAUCUCGCGACACCCGCGGCCGUCAGAGCGUUGCCAUGGUGACCCGUGGCAACGCUCUGCAUGGCACACUGACCGCAAGGUUUACACUGGGAGCAAAACGGAGCUGACAGGGGAGCUGCACGGAGGAGAAGGGAGCUGACAGGAGCUGCAGGAAGGUAAGUAACAGCUCGCUGCCAGCCCCCCUCCUACACAGCCCAUCCACUGGACCACCAGGGAUUCACAUAGCCCCCCUGCCUGGCCAGGCAACAGGGAGGGGGGACAAAAAAAUAAAAUAAAAAAUAAUACAAAUAUUAAAAUAAAAUAAUAAUAAAAUAAUAAUAUUAAAAUAAUAAAAUAAAAUAUUAUAACCCUAAACGGCAGACAGAUGGGGUUACAGCACACCCAGUACCUAGAUACCUCCCAAGCUAUAGAAAUACCUCACGAACACAGAGGGAAGAGAACACCGUAGAGCGAUACACUGCACCACUGAGCUCAACACCUCUAGGAACAGCUGAUUGUAACAUAGGCGGAUUUAUCCCAUAGCACACAUCCUAACGGAGCAGACAACUCCAACUAGCUAGACACACUCCAGGUAUCAGAAGACCUCUACAUAGCUAUUAUCAGAAACGUAUUUUUAGUACAUAUUGGCCACUCUACGGCUAUUAGUAUUACCCAGCUACAACAUGUGUAUUUAUUGCGCGUAGUUAACUUAGCGAUUGUUAGCAUAUUAUACUCUAUAAAUAUUAAAUGUGCAACUCCUCAGAUAUGCCACUGAAAGUUUUGAUAUUGCUCACAGUAGCUGUCGUGGCACUGCAAGCAUGUAUCCAAAUGAACAAGAAAAAUAAAGAAUUAUAAAAAAAUUAUAAUAUUAAAAUAAAAAAAUUAAAAUAAUAAAAAUGCCCUCCCCUCACACAGUUUACACAAACUGUGUUAUAUACACACACUGCAUUCACACACACUGCAUUACAUACACACACACACACUGUAUUCAUUAUAUACACACACUAUAAAUAAAUAUUCAAUUAAUAUAAUUUUGGGGGGAUCUAAUUUUAUUUAGAAAUUUACCAGUAGCUGCUGCAUUUCCCAACCUAGGCUUAUACUUGAGUCAAUAAGUUUUCCCAUUUUUUUGGUGGUAAAAUUAGGGGCCUCGGCUUAUAUUCGGGUCGACUUAUACUCGAGUAUAUACGGUAAUCCUAAAAAUUAUUGCGAUAAGAGAAUCUGCUAUAUUCUCUCCAUUAAACAUUCAACCGAACCCAUUUCCCUCGGCGCCCCUCCCUCUCUAUUGCCAUCUUGCCUAUUCAUAUAAAAUCGCUAAUUGCUAUCUUAUCUUCCUGUCGAUCUUAUUCCUAUAGCGGUAAAUAAUGUUUUCUAAAUAAUACAGAGUCCUGACUAUAAGUAUUACCACUAAAAUCCACCAUAUAUUAGUAGGAAUUUCUCCAACCGCAUCUUAUAUAUCCCUUUCUUGUAAGUUACACUUGCCACAUUAUUUAGAAGAUUAGUUUCCGUAGUCAGUUGAAAUUUGAUUUGAUUAAUCAAAUGACUCUUUUGAAAAGGAGUGGAUAAUUUCCAACUUCUUGCAAUUAUAAUUUUGACCACCACUAGACAGUGCAACGCCAUGCAGAUUAAAUUUUAGAGAUUUUAAAGUUCCAGUUUAAAUGCUAAAGAGCUGUGGCAGGGUUCUCUUCUAAUUUGUUAUUAGUUAGUUUGAAAAGAAUAUUGAAGGCCCAUGACCACAGCGGUUUCACUCCCGGGCAAGUCCACCAAAUAUGUAUAUAAGUUCCAGCACAAGAACCACAUCUCCAACAUGUAUCAUCAAAAUGUGGAAACCUUUUCGAUAUUCUACACGGAGUAUAGUACCAUUUAUAUAGCACUUUAAAAUGACAUUCUACCAAAUUAAAGCUAUGUACAUUCUUGGUCGUAUGGGCUAAUGAAGUACACCAAUCCUUUUCUGAAAUUCCUAUUGCUAGUUCCUUUUCCCAGUACCUAAUAAUUUUACUGGGGCCUUCAUUUAACACCUCUAACAAUAAAUUAGCAGUCGAGGUAGCCUUAUUAAUGGAUUUAUAGCAAAAUAUAGAUUUUAAAGAUUUAGAGAUUGGGGAUGUAGAAUCAAUAAUAGAACUAACCAAAUCAUUUUUGAUACGUAAAUAAGUAAAAAUUUCUCUAGAAGACAGCUGGAAAUUAACUACAAUCUGCUGAAAUGGCAUUAUAUUAUCCCCAGACAUAAUAUCUGAAAUUGUAGUUAUGCCUUUAUUCUUCCAGCAAGUAAGUGAUAGAUCUUCUACAUUUUGUUCUAAAACAAUAAGACUGCAGGUCCUUGGUAUGCAAUUCAGACAACCUAAUUGUUUGUUUUUUGAUUUCUUGCCAUACAUCUAAAAGUUGACUUAAAGGGACACUAUAGUCACCUGAACAACUUUAGCUUAAUGAAGCAGUUUUGGUGUAUAGAACAUGCCCCUGUAGCCUCACUGCUCAAUCCUCUGCCAUUUAGGAGUUAAAUCCCUUUGUUUAUGAACCCUAGUCACACCUCCCUGCAUGUGACUUGCACAGCCUUCCAUAAACACUUCCUGUAAAGAGAGCCCUAUUUAGGCUUUCUUUAUUGCAAGUUCUGUUUAAUUAAGAUUUUCUUAUCCCCUGCUAUGUUAAUAGCUUGCUAGACCCUGCAAGAGCCUCCUGUAUGUGAUUAAAGUUCAAUUUAGAGAUUGAGAUACAAUUAUUUAAGGUAAAUUACAUCUGUUUGAAAGUGAAACCAGUUUUUUUUUCAUUCAGGCUCUGUCAGUCAUAGCCAGGGGAGGUGUGGCUAGGGCUGCAUAAACAGAAACAAAGUGAUUUAACUCCCAAAUGGCAGUGAAUUGAGCAGUGAAAUUGCAGGGGAAUGAUCUAUACAGUAAAACUGCUUUAUUUAGCUAAAGUAAUUUAGGUGACUAUAGUGUUCCUUUAAUAUGGUAGAUUUUACUAUUAGUCUUGACAUCUUUCCAGCUUAAUGUAUAGAUUAAAAUGUAUCCAUUAAUGUUACAUCAUUAUCCACAUGCUCCUGUUGUAAUCUACAGAAUGCUAACAAUUGAAGAUUAUACUAGCUUUAGUGUACUAAUAAUCUUAAUUUUAGUAAUGACAGGAGGCGAAUAUUUGCAUAUCUUUCUUUACUCAAAACUCCAGCAGCAUAGUAACAUAAACAACCAAUCAGAAAAAAGAUAUAAUGCCCAUAAAAGGCCCUGUCUAUGACAUCACUUCCUCUUUCUUUGAAGCGAAACAAUAAAUAGCAAUAGGAGACAUAAUCAUAUUACGUCAACAGUUCAACAACAUAUUAGAAUAUCCAACUCCACUAGUUCCGCGAUGCAGAGGUAUAGAAGGUGAAUCUUUGUCACGAUGAGAAGACGUUCACGCUGCAAGAAAAAGAAAAAGGUGAAAGGUAUCUGGCGUGAUAACUUGUCCGCAUACAAUAAGCAUUAAGCAUCUGACAUACCAGCGAACAUUAGAGUGUGAAACAUAUCAAUAUAUAUUUAUUCUAACGCAAUGAUAUUUAAGAAUCUAUAAACACAACAUAAUGCAAGGUUCACGUCUAAUAUUCAGCCAAUACAAGACCCACAAGAUACAGGUCUAAGUAGCAAACAUACAAACCAUACGUACUUACCUUCCUGAACAUAAAGGACAUAUUCUGUUCAAUACGAGGAACAUGGGAGGGAUUCUACAGGGUGGGAAAUAUUCGCCUCCUGUCAUUACUAAAAUUAAGAUUAUUAGUACACUAAAGCUAGUAUAAUCUUCAAUUUUACCACAUGACAGGAGGCUUCAUAUUUGCAUUUUUAAAGCUUUGAAUUGACCAAUGUGAAGGAAGCAUGAGAUGUUUGCCGAAAAUAGAACGUUCUAAACGUACUCUCUCGCGCUCAGUCCGCGCAGCGUAUAAUGUCGGCUAGGGAAGCGUCGGCCGAAAAGGUUUGUGAGGCCGCUGCUCCCCUGACCGAGUGGGCUCCGAAACAAGGUUCGACGCUAAAGACAAAACCCAGCGGACCCAUCUGGCCAGUGUUGCGGUAGACAGCGGUCCAUGAGGGUUUACGUAAGAAGUCAGAAGGUGAUCCGUCGAGUGAGUUCGAAGGGGGUAGAGAUAUUGGUGUACCCCAUUAGCGUUCUGACCACGCAUAGUGUGGCGUCUGACACAAAGCAUGGGUAUGACACUGAAGACGAAUCAGACUUAGUUUGUCUCGACAUGGUAAAGGUAACCCCGUCUGGUGUGAGAGAGAAACCAUCCAUAUCGCAAGCCCUAACGUCCGCCACCGUCUAAAUGAGGCGAGGCAUAAUAAGAAGGCUAGUUUGGCUGAAAGUUGCUUCAGUGACCAACAAGGAUUGUCCGGCCAUUCCCUAAGGAAUCUCGGCACCACAUCCACCUGCCAGAGGCGUGAAUAUUUGGGUGCCGGGAUCUCGACAAUUCGGCACCCCGCAGUAGUCGACAAACCAGUGUAUCUUGACCUACUGGUCUGCCCUGUACCGGAACGUGCGCCGCCCACAUGGCGGAUCUGAUCAUGUUGAGGGAUCGAUAUGACCGACCCAACGAGACCAGGUGUGACAGAUAGUUGGGGAUCAGUGGGACAGGUGCGGUAAAGGGAUCGGAAUCCCUUUCCCCACACCAAUCACUCCAGGCCGACCAGGCAGAAAUAUAGCCUUUCCUGGUGCCGGGAGCCUAUGAGUCCCAUAGGAGGUCUUAGUUGAUGCAAUAGGUCGUGAUCUGACCAGGAGCCCCUGAAGCCGUCCAGGCAACUAGUGUCAGUUGUCCUUCCAUGACAAGGGAGUGGGCUCCCCCUCGAGGUCCCGUCAGAAGUAGAGGGAAGGUAGGGAGUAGUAGAGGGUCUUCGCGAGACAUCUCCAGGCGAUCCGGGAAAUCACGGUUGGCCCUGCCCGAGGGGUGUCAUGAGCAGGAGCGAUAUCUUGUGAGUGUGUGUGUGUAUUGAAGCACCUUUGCUAUUGUGGAGAAACGGCUGGGUCGCGUUUGCAGGGGUUCAUCCAUCGCCCCGUAUCCGAAGGAAGAGUCAAAGAUCGUUUUGCCAAUCCAAGUUUGUAUGUGAAGUAAUCACCAUCGAAAUUCCAUCCUCACUUCCGCCGACAGUGGGAUCCAGUGGUCAUAUGAGUGAGCGGUGCGUACGUAUCUCACCAUCAGUCGUAGUGGGCCAGGGAAUAACGCUUGUAUGGAGGAGGAGAGGAGGAGAGGAAUCCCACAAUCCGACAGUUAUCCUUAUAGAGGCGCUCUUUGCCGUAGACUGACGCGGAACAUAGUUCUCCAAGCCGAUGUCGAAACUGAGGAACUGGCCCGAUUCAGAUGGAGAAGCGAUCUUUGUCUGUGUACAACAAAAAAUCCCUGGAGUCCCGAAAGUGAACGACAAAUCUGUCUGCAAAUGUAGUCUGGAUUCGUAAAGAAUCAGCAAGUCUUCCAGGUAUACGAGGCAUCGCACGCCCAAAUUUGCGGAUGUGUGCCCUCACUGGUUACAGUAGGUUCGCGAGCACCACGGAGUCGUAAACUGCCGUGUUUGUCCUCACCAUCGGGAUCGGAGGAAAACUUCGGCAGUCCAGGGCAACGGGUACCGACAAGCGUGCGUCCUUGAGGUCUAGAUGUGUAAACCAGUCGUUAUCGCCUAGGAGGUCUUGUAGAAGACGAAUUUCCUCCAUCUUGCAGCAUUUUUAUACCACGUAGGAGUUCCAUUGAUGUAGUCUCCUGGCUUCUUCUUGACCAGGAAAAAUUUGUUGGGGAAGCCUUCCCCUCCGUUGCGUGUUGAAUUGCGCACCUCCUGAAGAGGGUGCAGAUUUUCUUGUCCACGAGGCGUUCCUGUUCCGCCAGCGUGCGUAAUGGAGGUGAAGGGGCGACCUGUACGGCUGUGAUAAAACUCUAUGACAUAACCUUGUACUGUCUGGAGAACCCAGGUGACUUUGGUAGUCGUCUCCCAAUUCUGUAAAACAGAGACAGGUUGCCGGUCAUAAUAUUGGAAACAGUUAGUUAUGUAGGUUGACACACUAGUAGAUGAAGCGGAUGGGUUCAGACUUGUUUUAGCGAGGUCUGGGUUUAGUGUGGUGAAUAAAUUCACGUGUUCUUUGAGUACUGCAAUGAACACUACGUCGAAUAGUAGGCCUUGUGCUUUUGGGCCGAAUACUUGUCGUUCCUAGGUCCAAUAGUGUGUUGUCGAUGCGGCCCAGUACAGAUUUGCGUCUGUCGGCGCAUAGUGCGUCAUUUACGUUGCCCAGGAGGCAUAUCGAGCAUUGAGACCAUUCUUUGGAGGUGGUAGGGUUGAGUUGUGUACCCUGGGGCAACUCGGUCUUGAGGCGUGCGCAUCCUUCCAUCCCCCGAGGGUUGUGCAGCCAAUAGUGUUCGUCCAGGAACGUUCCGUCUUCGGCUACUCUGGUUUAGUGCCGCUACAGUUAUCUCUGCCUCAGCCGCCGUCACAGAGUAAGGUUUCCCUAACGUACUUCGAGGAAGUGUGGGGAAGGUCUUGCCGUUCCAUUUCCUCAGACGGUGAGCUGUCUUCGUGUCGCUCAUCUACCAUGUCCAAAGUACGUGGUGGGUAAUAGUCUUUUUUGUCGGAAGAUUGUGGCGGACGGGGUUUGGAUUCCCGGUGUUCCGCCUAUUUGGUCUGUUCGAUGGGCAUCUUGCCCUUGACCUUAGUGGCAGGGGGGCUGGAGCCCUUCCCUUGCCGUUUUGACUUGAAGGCUUGUGGGCCUGAGGUCUCCAUCAAGCGGUGUGGGGUAGAGUUCAUAACAGAACCUUCUCCACUGAGGCCGUUACUGUGGCGUUUAUCAUUGUCUCGAAAUCUUGGGAACGUUGAGAGUGUCCACCAUGACUCGUUCCCGUCCUGUUGGGAGAUAGUGUGGGGGUCAGCACGUAGGGGUGUUAGACUCCUGGUAGAACUGGGGAUCACCCAGGUAAAAAGAGGGGUCACCUCUAUUAGUUUAAUCUGGCUACUGAGAGCCGUGGUGCAGGCGCGACUGCCUGGUAGUGGUGUCGGUCUGGCUAGCCGGGUUCACCACAAAUGUACGCCAGAGCUGUAUGCAGGGUUUUAACUACACAGGCUUACUAUAUAGGCGCAUGGGGCCUGUCUCCAUAAGGUCUGCAGCCGCAGGACCCAUGUCUAUUAGGCUGGGUUCAUCCCAGGUGGUGUGCCAUGGUAACCCAGAGGACACCCAUAUUAUACUUAUUGGCACCUUACAAGCAUUGCAUGCAUAUCUGGGAGUCAUCCCAGGUGGUGUGUCAUGAAAAAUUACCCAGAGGACACCCACGUUCCAUAUGUACACUAGGCACAGAAAAUAUACAUAUAUGUAUCCCUGUGAAGGUUACACCGCAAUACACUCAAUUUUCUUAGUGAUCCUGCCAUCAAAUCGCAUCCGGCAUGGUACUGUUGCUUUAAUGUAAAACUGACAGGCAGUGUUUAACCCCUUAAAGACACAUGAGAUGUGCGACAUGUCAUGAUUCCCUUUUAUUCCAAAGUUAAACAUCCAUAGUUAAGGGUUAAACAUCCAUAUAUGUCUGUAGUAAUCAGUGGUAAAGUUGAGGCGUAGGCCUCCAUGCAUAUGAUCGGGGUUCACCCCGGGUGGUGUGCCAUGGUAACCCAGAGGACACCCACAUCAAAGGUAAUGGUCUGUCAGUGACCUUGCAUGCAUAUCUGGGGGGUCACCCCAGGUGGUGUGCCAUGGUAACCCAGAGGACACCCACAUCAAAGGUAAUGGUCUGUCAGUGACCUUGCAUGCAUAUCUGGGGGGUCACCCCAGGUGGUGUGCCAUGGUAACCCAGAGGACACCCACAUCAAAGGUAAUGGUCUGUCAGUGACCUUGCAUGCAUAUCUGGGGGGUCACCCCAGGUGGUGUGCCAUGAAAAAAUACCCAGAGGACACCCACAUAAAUUUGCACCGUCAGGUACAGUAAUAUAAUAUGACCCUCUGUAGGGUACAAUAAUAUAAUAUAAUAUGCCCUUUGUAGGGUACAGUAACAUAAUAUGCCCUUCGUAGAGUACAGUGAUAUAGUUGAUCUUGAUAUAGGUACAGUAUAUGUUUUGUAUAACGACUGUGAUAUUGUAUGGCUUCACAAUAAUACAUAGAUUGUGUGCCUGCUCAUGAGAAUAAAAAAUAAUAAUUGUAUAUAAUUUUUUGCCAGUAUGCCGUCUGAUCCUGAGGAGAUAGUAACCAUGUAUAGUAUAACCCUAAUUGGGGUAUAGUAGCUGAUAUGACCCUAAGCAGGGCCUAGAGACAUAAAGGUCUGAAGCUGGCAAAAAAAAAAGGGGGGAAUGUUUGUCUCUUUAAUGCAUGCAUUUAUAAUAGAUAGGCAGCACAGCAGGCAGGCACUGGGCAAAUAUAUAUAUAGAAAGGCAAAAAUCCACUGUAACCUAAUACCCUCCCUUAGUACAUACUAGGGAGGGUAUAAAGAUGUGGAGCCCAGCGGUCGGGUGAGUUACCGAUCCGCCGGGCAAGCGGGGAAGGCGGCCGUCCGGUAUCUCGCGAGCCGCCAAGAUGGCCGCUGCCCGCGUGUGAAGUAGCGCCGCGAUCGACCGCUCGGCGCCGGAAUGACGAGGGAACGCAGUUCCCAGUCCCCCUCCACCCGUCCCCUUGCCGGCCCCACAAAAGGAAAAACGUUAGCCGGCCCGCGGCGCGCGGCACUGACAGCCGUUGCUCGCGGGUACCGGUAGUGAAAAGCAAUAGGGGCCCAAAAGAAAACUGCAGGGACAGGGAGAAGGGAACAGCGAAAGUAAAAACUAAAUAAAUAAAUUAGUUAAAUGAAAUAAGUAAAUGAAAUAAAUAAAUUAGCUAAAUAAAUAAAUUAACUUAGGUAAAUAAAUUAACUUAGGUAAAAAUAGAACAAUACCAUCCAAAAUACAGAGAAACAAACAAUAUAUGUAAGCAAUUGCCAGGGAGGCAAAAUACUCUGACCUGAUGUUGGCUGGAGCAGCAAAGAAAGAGGAAGUGAUGUCAUAGACAGGGCCUUUUAUGGGCAUUAUAUCUUUUUUCUGAUUGGUUGUUUAUGUUACUAUGCUGCUGGAGUUUUGAGUAAAGAAAGAUAUGCAAAUAUGAAGCCUCCUGUCAUGUGGUAAAAUUCUGAAUGUGACUGGGUGGUUUAUAAAGAUUAUCUCUGCAGUUAUAGUCUAUAGUUUGUGCAAUAACCAAGAUCAUUAGGUUUUCAUGGUGAUCGCUCCACAUUUUAGAACACUGCUACGUAGUUCUUCCAGAUAUAUUCGUGUGUUUUCUGUUUUUGUAUGAUUCUCAAUAAUAGACCAUAUGACAAAGUAUCUGAUAAUCUGUUGUAGGGGAGAAGCUGGGGUUGCUGAGAUAAUGCUAUCUGCUUCUGCCUGCCUGUUUGUAUAAAAUUAUGUGUAUUUAGCCUUGAGCUGUGCCUGAAAAAAAUCACAUCGCCCCGAGCAGCGAUGGCUAAUCAUUAGCAUUACAGUUUCUGAGCUGGCUGAGCACUCCCGGAAAUAUAGCCCUCAACAGUCUUGGUGUUAAUUAUUAUUCAUUACAAGGGACAAGCCGCUUUAUCUUUAAUAGAUGGAAUAGUUUAAGAGAUGUGAUUCCUCUUCAGCCCUCGUAAUAAAUAUGUCCUCUCUGACAUUAGCGGCAUUUAUAGUGUUUGUGGCAAUAUGUAGGUAUGUCAUGUAAGUAUAAACACAGACAGGUGUAGUGCAGUUUCCAUUUUUAUGCUUUCUCGACUCCUUGUUUUAGGUACGUGAAUAGGAUUGUAUAGAAAAUAUGUAUUCCAAGUGUUUCUUGUUAUUUUUUUUUUUUUGUGUUAUUUGAUAUAUAAAUAUCAGGUAGCAGAGUAUAUAUUUCAUGCUCACUGUAACGGACCGUUUUGCCCAUAAGAGGUUAAAAAACCGUUUAGGCGAUAUUCCCCUUUUUUCAGAUGCACAGACAGCUACUGCAAUCACCACUCUCCCGAACUGCAAACACACGAAUACUGGAAACAGCCGAAUAGGAAAAACCAUGCAAAUAGGUUUACACUCCUAGCAGUCAAACUGGAACAGCAUGAAAUAAAUCCUCCCCCAAUGAUGAGACGACACUUCACUUUGAGGGUUAAGCAGGAACUCAUGUGCUGGCACACCCAGCCUUUCACAUACAGGACCGCCCACAGGGAGGUAUAAAACAACCAAUCACAUAUCAGUUACAUCCCACAUAUUCCCUCCCCUUAUCCUGAGAGGAAACUCAAUUACACAUACAGUUAAAACAUACUUUCUGCCCAACUUUCAUAACUUUAAAACCAUACAUCACAUUCACAUAAAAUUACAUAUUCACAAUCAAUCCAUUCAGGGAAACAACAUAUUAAACAAUGGCAUGAAUCCGACCAGGGGUUCAAAAGUUAGUAAAAGUAUCUUUUGGGCCCUGGCUGGCAGACGGCUAUCUGGCUCAAACAGGUUUUACAGAGCCCUCUAUCCUGGAGACAAUGGGGGAAAGUAAUCCAAUUAUCUAGGGAUAGAGGCAGACUCCAUUGAGCACAUGGUUGCAAAAAGACAUAAAACACUUUAAAAUACAUAAAGUCACCUUUUACACAUAACACACAGACAUUUCACACAUCCCCAGAUAGCUGGGAUCUGAGCGCACAAAACUACCGAAUAGCGCUCAGAUCCUAUUCACACAGUUCAAUUGCCAUGGAGCCGAAGUCUUUAACUACACGAAUGGUCUCCAUGGCAUAGCUAUCUGGGUUAACACAUUCACAUAAAGUCUGGUCCAUAGUCCAAAGGCAAGAGGCGGGCAAGCAGCCCCCUCCAAGGACACGUGGCGAGGCCGGUUUCGCCACACUCACUCUGAAUGAAUAUUGGCUAGAUACCAGUAAUACGGAACCUAUACAUUUAUUUUAUAGAAUGAAUUGAUAGCAUGCUUACAUCAGCAUCCUAAAAAGUGAAGAGCCAGGAUUUCUUAAAAUCUUACAAAGCUUUAUUUUUAUCGACAAAAAUAAAAUUCUUAAAGGGACACUAUUGUCACCAGGACCAUUACAUAUUAAUGUAGUGGUUCUGGUGUCUAAAGCUUUUUCAGAGAAAAGGCAGUGUUUACAUUGCAGCCUAGUGACACCUCUACAGACAGUCACUAACAUGCUUCCUAUUUCUGUGCUGCACAGUACAUGCGCAAUAGCUUCCCAAUACUUUCCUACUGGAAAAUAUUGAAUUGGCUCAGAUAAUCUAGCUUGAUGAUCUCAGCGAUAGAGACCGACACGGCAUGGAAAAAAAGGGGAUCAAAAACACGAUUUUAAUGCGAUCGGAAGGUGGCUGUCACCUAAACAUACACAUACACUGACACAGACACACAGACAGAUGCACACACUCACAAAUUAUAUGUUUUUUAACUCAAUCUAAGUCCACCAAGCGUCCUACCUUUGGGAGAGCUGGAAUAAAUUUGCUUUCCCUGGGGUCCAGUGGGCAGCCGGCUGGGGAGAGUGGAGGUGGGUGGCCAGCUUUACGUACUAUAGGCGGGGAGAGAUUUGUGAUCUUCUGCUCUGAUCCCUAGUGCGCCCCUUAGUGAUGCUGGGGUCUGAGUGACGUCAUAUUCUGGCCCCAGCAUCACUAAGCGGCGGCAAAGGGAGCCAAACAGGGAAAUCACAGCUCUCUCGCUGCCCGAUUCCACUGUCUCUCAGCCAGCUGCUCACGUCAGAGGGAACAGGCUCACAAAUCCCAGACACCAGGACAAAAUUCCUGGUCGCCAUGGCAACCUGGCUCCCGAGGUUUGUCAAGCCCUGGCUUACAUACAUAUACAGUAGUGGGUUUUGUGUUACAAUUAAGUUGCCUUACAUAUUUCUUAUAUGUUUAAUUUUUAUAAUAACUUAAUUGUCUAAUAAUUAAAUACAGCAUGCUAGCUAUUAUGGUGUAUGUAGCGUUAAAUGGAUCUGCCAGAAAAUAUUUGCUGACUUGACCAUUAUCUCCUUUACAGGAAACGAUGAACAAGUGAUCCUUCACGAUGUUGAGAGGUGUGUAAUGUUAGCGUCUCCCAGAUCUAUACUUUGUGUAAAUGUAGUUUAAAUAGAAUUCUAAUCCAUCCUUUCUUUUCAGUGGCGUAACAUUGGAUGUUUUUCUUCACGAGGAGGCUGUAUAUGGCUUGUCGGUCAGUCCCGUGAAUGAUAACGUGUUCGCUAGUUCAUCUGAUGAUGGAAGAGUUCUGAUAUGGGACAUCCGAGAGUCUCAACAAGGAGGUGAGGAGGCAGUUUGGGGCAAGUGUAUUUUAGAAAAACUGCAGUGUUUUACAUCCCUAAAUCUCUAUCAUACUGCUUCUUAUUAAAGGGGAAAUCGAGACAAUCAAUUAGUAAUUAUGUAGCCUGAAGUUCUCGGUCACUGUCCCUCGAUUUAAGUGGCCCUGUCACCUUUACGGGUUUUUGCGUGUUUUGCAUAGAUGCCUAACGAGGUGUGCAGUGGCUACGAGUACAGCUGAGAUGAGUUAUACUCACUUGAAACUUUCCCUCACGUGUCUCCCUCCAUCUUCUCUCUUCGGUUCCUUGGGUUUCAUCCGCCAGGAGCCGCGUCAUUGUUUUACUCCGACUCAGUGAAUGAGAAGGUGCCUGAUUCCCUUAGCCAUUGUUGGCAAUGGCUGUGAAAUUACAGAACAUGUUGGCGGAAUCUCCACCUUUUUGUUUAUUACUGCAUUUUUCUUAUGAUAUUUUGUGACGGUGUUGGAACGUCAAUGAAAUUCUAACCCUGUCAAAAUUAACAUUUCUUUACGAAAUACUCAGAAAUUGUGGUGACCGAGCAAGAAUGGUUUGAUAUAUCCAUUUCCUCUUUUUUUUUAUACAUUGGACCACCACAAUAUUAGACACUUUGGUAAUGCAGAAUUAAUGUUUGUCAAAUUUUCAUACCCCCUGUUCCGUUAGCCAACAAGUGCCAUCUUGUUUGAAGGAAAAUGAGUUUGACAUCGUGAAUUCCACAUGAUCAGUGGGUGCAAGAUAGUGGUGGGCCAAUAAACAAACAUAAACACUUUCUUUUUUUUACUUUUCUUUAUAACCGAUUGUAAUGCAGCUGUCAAAGUGGUAGGUUUCACGUGACAAAUAUGCAGCUUUAUAUUUAAAACAUAAUAAAUCCUUUACACUGCAAAUGUGCUUUUUUUCCUGGUAAUAUUACUCAAACUUGCAAAUAUAAUUCAUAACCCUUGUAGUGCUUUCUGUGUGUUGUCUCUUAAUUGCUGGUGUAUUAGAUAAGAGUCAUUUACAUGCUAAAAUGUUACUUGCUGAUUUAUUCGGGCUGAAGAGAGACCCACUAUUAUUAAUCUGGCCAAAGAAAUCUUAAUAAUAUGUGACUCUGGUGCGCUGGAGUGGGAUACAUGAAAGUAUUAGAGAACAUAAAGACAUGGGCAUUUACCACCUCCUCCAACAAAAUGUUACAGUUUCUCUUUAAAGGGUAAUAACCACUUCUCAGGAUUGUGUUUACUUAUCCCUUAUAUUUAAGAGGUUGCUCAAAGCACCAUGACCACAUCCACCACCAUGAAUUAUGGCACAUCCAGAGUUAUUGGCAAUUGCGUUCCGGGGGCUAUUUAGACCCCAGCAUACGUGACUUAGGCAGCCCAGAACUCAGACAUUGCAUGAGACUUAAACAGCGCUGAAUAUUGACAACUCAUCAAUUAAAUAUGAGAACCAGAGGCCAAAAUAGUUAAUCUGGAACAAUUCACUAAUACUGCUUUAGUCCCAACAUGGCCACUUUUGCCUCAGUUUUGCCAUUUGGUUUUAUUUUGCAAAAAAAUCAGAGUUUUGUGUAUUACCUUUUGAGUGUCUAACCCUAUGUACUAUUAUUUCUUCCUUUGUCAUAGCAUGUGCAGUGUGUGCUGACUUUGUGUCAUGCGUGUCAUUUGUAUGUGUGAUAUGUGCUGGCUGUAUUUGAUAUAUGUGAUGCCUGUGUAUGUGUGCUAGCUGUUUGUAAUAUAUGUGUACAUUUGAUGCUUGUGGUAUUUGUGCUGGUUGUAUGUGAUGAAUGUGUGUUCUAGCUGUAUGUAAUGUGUGUGUGUGUGUGUGUGUGUGUGUGUGUUAGCUGUGUGUGAAUUGUCCUUUGUGUGUUCUGGCUGUAUGUGAUGUGUUUGGUGCAUGCUGGCUGUAUGUAAUGAAUGUGUGUGGUGCAUGCUGGCUGUAUGUAAUGUGUGUGGUGUGUGGUGCGUGUUGGCUGUAUGUAGUGUGUGUGCUGGCUGCAUGUGAUGUGUGACUGCUGUGUGCUAGCUGCAUAUCAUGGGUGACUGCUGUGUGGUGACUACUGUGUGCUGGCUGCAUGUGAUGGGUGACUGCAGUGUGAUGGCUGUGGUGGUGCUCUGUGUAGCCCAAUUCCUGCUUGGCUUUUUGAAGGAAGGUGUGCUAUGAUUCCUGGAUGUUCAAUUGGAGGGGGAUCUUUUACCGUGGUGGUCCAGCAAUGAUUAACUCUGCUUACUGGUCCUGGAUUACUGGUGGUCUUGUGAGGGACCGUGAGAGGCUGAUGCAAACCUCUGUAAUUGCUCUAUUGUGAUCCCAGCAUUCAGUGAGUUAGGAGUGCAGGCUGGGAACAUCUCUGAUUAAUUAGAGCGCGCCAGUGUGACGCCAGUAUUACAGGCGUCACACUACUGGCCUCGGCAGCACCAUUAAAGCUCAGUGUCAUCCCAGGUUAGGAGCAAAUACAUCCAGACUAUGUCUCACAUUACAAUUAUUUUUAUUAUUAGAUUGUUUUGUAUUGAGAAAUUAUACUCAUCCCACUUGGAGAAAAAAGGACACUCUCCAAAAACAUCUUCCCCUCUACUCUCUUCCUAUUUUUAGUUUCUACUCCUUCUCUAACUUAAUAACCAUUCUAUUAAGAAACACUUGUUGAAAACCAUGCAAAAGAAGGAAAAAAUGAAGUGAAUGCAAAGCUGCAUAAUGAAGACGUCAAUGUGUCUUGUAUCUUAUAAUCAGAGAAAACCUCUCUAAUUGAGUAACUAGUGUAUAAUUUAUUCCCAUGUGGAUCUCAUGUUACUUUAAAUGGAAGGCACAGAGUCUAGGGUGACAUAGUUUGAUAUCUCACGGAGAACAUGUGUUUCAGCCGUUUAGUUCGGUAAGUAGAGUGGGAUUAUUGACGGUGGGGCAUACUCUACUAAAGCUGCUGAAGGUCUUGUUACACUUUAAGUUAAUGACUGACGGCCAUUUUGAACAGCCCUAUAAACACCUUGUUUCACUAGAAUAUCUAAAGGAUAUCAAAAGAAGAAGAGAUUGUGUGACAGAGGCUGUAACUUUUUAGAUAUCUCAUUACAAUUAAAUGGACUAUCAGGCAAUCUAACUACAUGUAAGCUAGGCCACUAUCUCUUCUAGGCACUUUUGGUACCUGCUCAGCAUAGAAUGCAUACUUUGAGUUGUUUGUACUACUUCAAAAACACAUUAUAUGUGGGAAGAUUACCUGGAUGGAGCUUUUUUUUUUGUUUUUUAGCUGGUCCGUAUGGGUAGAAAUAUUUCAGUUUUACCUCUUUACCAAGGGGUGGUUUUUGGUUAUUUAUUGAAAUAGAGUUCACUUGCCAUAACGUCACGCCCCCUACAUAAUACACUCCUGUAUCAGCAGGGUGAAGAGAUCUUGAGGGAUUUAGUAUUUCCUUCUCUCCUCACAGGGAGAAGAUGACUAUUCCCUCACAGGCUAAUUGUUCAGUGGAAUCAAUAGCCUGUUCAUCUGUAAACUUCCAGAAGGUCCACAUUAAGUGUUUACAUCCAGGUGGAUGGUCAAGGGCAUCUCAUGGGGUAAGUAGUACCCACUAUGUCUACAGCAACUACCCAUCCACUACUGUGAAUUUUCCUCCUCCUUCUUUUGGGCAGACUAGACGGGCCAAACGGUGCAUAUCUGGUGUCACAUUCUAUGUUUCUUUCUUACAGAGAGACUGACUAGAACCCACUAUUUGACUCAGACCAACUUGUCACCAUUUUUAAAUUGCGUGUUUUUUUGUUUUUGUUUUGUUUAAUAGUUAAAUGCUAUCACAUGGGGAGAAUACACUGCCUCACAACUACCAUUUCUAAAUAGUGUUGCUCAAGACAGAUUUGCCUGUAAAAGGUUAUCUCAUGUGCUCCCCAAUCUCCAGUACAUAUUUUAGAUUGAUAUACAUGUGUAGCUCUGUCCAGAGAUUAUUUUGUUUAUUCAUUUCCACAUGGGUCCAACCUACAUUACUGUUCAUGAGACCAGCAGAGAAGAGGAGUAUUUCUUAUAAUUCCGUUGAUGUUUCCAUAUAUCUCGAGAUGAGUAUAUGUGUACUUUUGGUUCCAAAGGAUUACAGUUGAAUGUUCAGAGAUACAUUCAAUCCAUUUACAGUUUCUUCUUCUUUGUGUUUGCAACAGUCUUUAUCUUCUCUGUAGACCCCCUAUGUGUCAGGAUCUUACCUGAUGUGGAGUCCGAGUGCAGAGUUAUAUGCUCACCCUUGCAAAUAAACACAGACUAAGGUGACCAGGUAAGAAGCCACCUGGGCUGUGAGUCUGUGCACGGGGGCUGUGCAGGAAUAUAGCUCCAGGUCACAGUACAGGCAAGGACAAGCAGAAGAGUAGUCGUGGAAAGCCAAAGUCAGGGGAAGCCAGAGGUCAAAAUAAACGAUAAGAUAAGACAAAGUCAGGAGACGUCUAAAGAACACUGGAUCAAGAUACACAAAUACAGGGACCAGAGUCAAUGAACUGACACAGCCCUCCAGUGUUUUAUAUCUGGCUAAUUAGCAAUCUGCUUCAGGUGGACUGAGAUUGACAGGAGCAGCCACAGGUCAUGUCCAGCCCCCUUGUGCUGGAGACAAGGCAAGGUUAACAUGAGCUGGAGUGUGGCUCAGAGGCAAAACAGCAGGCCCAGGACACAGAAGGAUCCAGGUUCAUAUCCCCUGGUGGGCACUUCAGGGGCGACCACGUCUGACCGUCUGGAUUGUUGUCAUGCAUAAUUUCAAAGAGAUCUCACAGGCAGUUUUUUUACAUCCUGCUUUGAGUUUUCUAUUACACUAUUUGGUGGGACAGGUGUACUGCAUUCAUUGUUAAAAGCAGCUCCCUGACUAGGGUCUUAGAUCUCUUCCUAACGAUCACGUUUACACUGGCAGUUUUAGCACGUCACAAAAUGUGGCUAAAUUUUUAGUGCUGACUCAAUGAUGGUCCUGACACGUCAUGAAAGGGUUAAGGUAAGUUUUGAUUUUGGUCUUUGUUUGAAAGCCAGCCUUGCUUCCUGACCAGAGAUGGUUUCUUUCUAUGUCUUUGUGGAAGUUUUCCACUUUCCAAGUAGAAAACUACACUUUGACUUCCUCUUCUAAGUGGACUUAGAAAGGCAUUGGUCUCCGCAAGGUCUGAUAAACUUGAUGGUAGCUUUACUAAGACAGAUGAGUGUACCUGCAAUGGAGCCUUCACCGGUCGCAUUUGUAAUCUUGAGGGCGCUGGAAUUUUGCUGAUGACCAGGAACUACAGCCAAGACAGCUUGAACUAGGUAAUAUGGAACUGGAUGCAGGGGUUAUAGACAUGAAAGAAGACAUGACUGGAGAAUUUGAGUAGAGCUUCAUGAGAUGACUUGACAGCAUUAGCAGAGAGAAUAGUUUUAUUUGUAGUUUUUCCUUUCUUUUAGUGUAAGCACAGGUGAAUGUUGAACUAGAAAAGGGUUGGUUUUGGGAGCCUAUUGGGGAAGAGCACAUGGUUUAAGUGAUUGGCUAGCUCUUCAAGUGGGGUGAACUUAACUUUGUUAGUCUUAGACUCUUUGUUAAUGUGCUGUCACAAUAUAGAUACAUGUAUUUACAUGGUGAUUGUUUUGUUUGUUUUCGUAUUUGAUUACAAUGCUGAAUACAGUUGUGCACCAACUGUCUGAAAUAAAAAAUGUAAGGUAUUGGCUUGUUGAGAAUAAAGGCAUAUUUAUCCCUGAUCAGAAAUGAGUUUCUGUGUUGCUUUAACCCCUUCUACUGGAUAGCUGUUUUAUCAAUUCAAAGCUCUUUCUGUAAAGUUCAAUUUCAUUUUGUUGCUCAAAUAUGCUCUACUCGCAGUAUUUUUCUUAUUUUUCAAAGCACCUUACCCAGAAUCAAUGUCCAGGACACCUUGCUCUUUGUUGAUCAUAUAAACUAUAUUGUCAUACAUCAAAAUAAGGAUGUUGGAGCCAUCCAAAAGUGUAUCCCUGUCUUCAAAAAAUUGUCAUCACACCUCUUCAUCGGGACCUGUCACCUACCCAGAUUUUUGCAUUUUAAAGGGUUACUUCAGUCCCCAUGACAUCUUUGAUUUGAAGUGGUCAUGGUGCCUGGAGUCUGUGUGUGCAGCAUUUUACUAUGAAACCCUGCACAUAUAAAGUGUAACCCCUCUGCUGCAAGAGGUGGAACUCCAACAGUGUCACUGGGGCAUCAUUAGCCAGCUUGGAACUGGAGUUCUGUGUGGCUAAUGGUAAUUCUGUGUGUAUUGGUGUCUGGACUCCGCAUGCUGGCAACAAGCUGCACUGGCAGCAUGGCUUUCCCUCUGUGCUGUUCCUGUCCUCCCCACAGCCUGCCCUCCUUGACAUUAGUUCUCCUCCACUGAGGGGGGAGUGACAUCAGUGGAAGAGGAUCAAGCUGCAGAGAGAACUUGGCCCGGUGGUAAAACUAGACGUUUUAGCAGGCAAGCACAUCAAAGGUAACUCUAACCAAAACAGUGUUUUAUUAAACAGUUUUUCUGCUUGGAGUAACCUUUUAAAUAUAUUUACUUAAAGGACCACUAUAGUGCCAGGAAAACAUACUCGUUUUCCUGGCACUAUAGUGCCCUGAGGGUGCCCCCACCCUCAGGGUCCCACUCCCGCCGGGCUGGAUGGCAAGGAAAGGGGUUAAACUUCCCUUUUUUCCAGCGCCAGGCGGGGAGCUCUCCUCCUCCUCUCCACCUCCAAUCCUCCUCUUUGGCUGAAUGCGCAUGCGCGGCAGGAGCUGGGCGCGCAUUCAGCCAGUCUCAUAGGAAAGCAUUCAUAAUGCUUUCCUAUGGACGCUUGCGUCUUCUCACUGUGAUUUUCACAGUGAGAAGCACGCAAACGCCUCUAGCGGCUGUCAAUGAGACAGCCACUAGAGGUUUUAGAGGCUGGAUUAACCCUAUUAUAAACAUAGCAGUUUCUCUGAAACUGCUAUGUUUAUAAAAAAAAAGGGUUAAUCCUAGAGGGACCUGGCACCCAGACCACUUCAUUAAGCUGAAGUGGUCUGGGUGCCUAGAGUGGUCCUUUAAACAGCGUAUAGCUUUGCCUUUUUUAUUCUUUAACUGUAAUCGCCUUAAUCCAGAGAAAUUGUAAUUAUCAUUGCAAAUCCUACUUCUAUGCCAUUGCAAUGUGUCAUACCCUAUGGGAUCAUUUCCAUUCCCAGAGUUUGCUAGCUGAUUCAAUGCUACUGAAUGUAAUAGUUAAUGACUGCUAAUUAGCCGUUGCCAAACAUUUCCCUUCGAGAUGAUAAAUACUGAGUAACAUCUGGUUACCAUGUUAGACAGCCUGUUGUUCUUUUACUAAAAAAUAUACCUACCUCAUCUAGGUGUAAAGAGGAAAAGACAGGUUAAUUACUGCAAAGGCUCAAUAUAUCCUAUAUUGAACAGAACACGCCAAGCACCAUAACCACUGCAUCACACUGCCUGUAGUUCCCUGGGAGCCCCCCAUUGUAAGUAUUUGUUGUCUACCUAGAACCAAUCCCCUCUUCCACUAUUUCAGCCAUAGAGCCUGCACUGCAGGGUUUGUCUCACUUGGCUGGGAGCGAUCAUCUAAUCACUCUCAGACAAUGGGCUAUCCUUCCAUUGCAUGGUUUAGCCCAACAGAGCUAACGGAAGCUCCUCAGCAGGAGCUUUCUGCCUCUCUGGCUCCAAUACGAAAUGGUGUGAAUUCUCCUGACCUCCAUGAAUCUUUGAAUCUCCAUCCCUUAUUAUUUUUUUAAAUGUCCAUUUUUAUUUCCUGUGAAGUUCAUGUUUUUGUUAGAUCAACUUCUAUAAAAUGUAUAUAAUCUGUAGUUUUAUUUAAGUUUAAUAUAGUUAAAUAGAAUUAUCGCGGGGGAAGCAGUUGUCUCAAGUCAUUCUGAAAAUACCUGAAAAUUCAAUGCCUGAUAAACCUAGAAUAGAGAAUUUCUAUGCAGAGAAGCAUAAUUUUCUUCUUGUUUUCUCAGAUCCUUUUUGCUUGGCGCAUUAUCCAUCAGCAUUUCACAGUGUCAUGUUUAAUCCGGUGGAACCCAGGUUACUGGCAACCGCCAAUUCCAAGGAGGGAGUAGGACUUUGGGAUAUCCGGAAACCACACAGGUACAAUAUUGCCUUAGGCCUAAGUCUCAGACCCAUGUUAUAUCUUCAGUUAUGAUUUGUGCUUCACUGAUUACAUGUUUGUGAUUUAUUCACUAAAUUCCGAUCUGUAAUGAAUGCCAACAUGUAUAAACCAACUGUUCUACCCCUGUUGUGCCCAUUCACGAAUUAUGUUCUAUUAUUAUUUUUAGUUAUUUAAUUCGACUUGCAUAACUACCUGUUUUGAAAUUCAUGCCUGUGGCCUACAGUUUACAUUUAUAGUAUUGCUGGUUCCCAGACAUAGACUUGUUUAACCAUAACGUCCAGAGGGAGGGGUACCCAGGAACCCUCAUUCAGUGAGAGUGGUUUAUCACUGAACAGUAGGACAGCGCCAGGGGACCCCAGGAACUAUAGCCACUUUAAUGGGAUAACAGAUUUAUAGUGCCCAAAUAACAAUUUGUAGUUAUUGAGGGUUUGUUUUGUUUAUUUUUUUUUACAUUUUUUUUUUUUUGACCAGCUCAUUGUAAGCCUCUUAAUAAACAACAUUAGAAAAAGUAACCAGAUAUAAUGUGACAGCCAUUUUUUUCAUUAAUGUGAAAACUAAUCCAAGACAAAAAGAAUGGGGUGCUGGUUUAACCAUUGCAAAAGAGGUACAGACACGGAUUCAGCUGUGAAAAUACAAUAACCAAGGUUCCCAAUAACCCUUUUUGUAAUUUAAUUUUGGAGUAGGACAGAUUGAGUUAAUUUUAAAUGUAAUACCUAUUUCUUACCAGUAGAUGGCACCUGACGCCUGCUCUAUGGCUAAUGUUGCCUAUGCAAUGCAUUUUUCCAGUUCCAGUCCUAGAUCCCUGGCAAGUCUUAACAAGAACUCCCUUUCAAGGCAUUACAGGGUGCCACAUUCUUUACAUAGCUUCCUUUAGUGGGAAAUCUGGAUAUUUCUGUUUGAGACACAUUCUACAGUUUACUGGUCUUAUGAGAUAAUGAAAAGAGAACUUUUUUUGAAUAAAGAUGACAGAUACACGGUCUUUGUUUCAACAAAGCGCUACGGAAUCUGUUGGCGCUAUAUAAAUAGCAAUAAUAAUAACUACUGUCUGGUUUAAUUUGGACACAUCUCAAAAUGUCCAGUGACCCGGACUCCUUCAUGUAAACCACAAUUGGGAAAUCACACAAACUCGUUACAUAAAUCGGGUGUUUCACCUGUGGAUCUAGAACGAUGACAGGAGACGAAAGGCCAAACUAAAAGGAAAUGACAUAAGCACCCUUGACUUUGAAUUUUGUCAAAUUACUGAAAGUAUGCAGCGAUUAAGUCUUUCAUGUUCAGAUUAAAGCAAGUACUUGUUACUGCAAAAGUCUUGAUAUGGCAUUGGUCCCAAACAAAGGUUUAGAUCGAACCGUCUAAAUUUAAACAAUGUAAAACACCCUGUCAGAGACUUUGGGAGGACAAAGAGGUACAAAUCAGCACAAGCUGUCAGAGUGCUUAGGUAGACGGCAAUAUAAUCUGGUGUAUAAAGGUGGGAGGUUGAUACAUUCAACCCUUUGAAUUGUGCUAAAAACAAACUAGCAAAAUAAAGGAUAGACAGACAUAACAACAGAUUUAGCUUUCUAUACAAAGCGCCCAAUUCUUAUUUUUUAUUGACUGAGAAAGUAUAAAAUGUAUGCACCCAUACUGCGUGUAUAGACCAUAAAUCAAUAUGUAAUACGAGCUUUGCCAGUGUAAUAAUACAAAUUAACUAAAGGUUUAGCAGAAUAAAACUCAUGUGAAAGGACACUGUAGGCACUAUAACUACUUGAAGUGUUUAUGGUGUCUGAAGUGCCCUGGCGUAGUCCUUCCACUCAGCUUGAAAAGGAACAGAAUAGGCACCAGUACAAUUACAGCUUAAUGUAGUGGUUCUUGGCCAAAGAGCUUGUCCCUGCAUGCUGAGCAUCGUAAAUGCGGCACUUUCCGAGAAAGAGCGGUUACUAUAUUGCCAACUAAUGCCACCUCUGUCUUUCACUAAAUAUUAUAGCAACACGCUCUGCAUGGAAACACUGAAAGCUUCCCAUAGAGAUUCAUUGACUCUGGGAGACGAUGUUGAUUGGUGCAAAGCGGUAAUUUGCUGCAUAUGCGCACUAGAUUGGCCAAGAUCAUCAGGAUUGAUGAUCUAAACCUGCUGAGGUGGAGUGGCCACUCAGAGAUCGGCUCACCGGGGAAAAUAAGUAAAUCUAUAUUAUUUAUUUAUUAUUGUUUGAUUUAUGGGGAUCAGAUAUCUAAAUAGUUACUAGAACACUGUAGCAAACACUAUAGUGUUCUAUUAAACUGUUUUUAAUGUUUUAAUGGUAAAGGAAAGUCCCUAGCAGCCCCGUCCCCUCUGUGCUGCUUCGGCUGAUGAGGAAGCAUUAGCUUGAGCUGCAAUGGGUGGAUGUGUUGCACUGAGCGUGUCAGCUGACUGCGUACAGCCUAUCAAAGCACCUAUUGCUGGCAUGCCUUCAUAUGCCUAGAAGGAAGUGUGUAAUUCUGACUUAGCCAUACCUCCAGUAGGGCUGGGCUGUGCGUGGCCAGGGACCCUUUUUAAAUGUGCAACAAGGGACAGUGCACUAUAACCAGUUACGUUAGAUGAAAUUGUUAGUUCCUAGAGUGUCCCUUUUAUUGAUAAAUAUUUCUUGGCAGUGGAUUGUAGGCUUAUCCCUGGCAGAAAAUAUGAUGAUUUUCUUCUCAUGUCUUCAUAAAAUACAAAUGAUGUAGAUUAUGUGCGCUGUAGCUAUAAUAUUAUCAAUCUCCUUGAUGCAUUAACUGGAAAUGUGCCAAAUCCCUCCUAUCCGUAGGAUGUUUGGUGCAUUAGCCAAGUUGCAGAAAACUGUUCAGCCUAAAGACACAAUUUCAAUGCAUUCCACUGUCAGAUGUGUUGAGACAGUCCACCUUUGCCACAAGUCUGUCUGUCUGUGUAGAUAGUUACAUAAAGAUCGCCUCCAUUCACAAUCCUCUUAUAGUAGUUAAUACAUCCUUUAUUAAUUUUGCGUUACAAGUUUCACAUUCCGUGCAUACUUUGUAACUUUCAUUGAAAUAAUGUCACAGGCAGCGCUUGCUUCUACUAUUUUUAUUUUUUUAUUUAUUUUUUUUAGACUGGGAAAAUACUUAGUCACGGGUGCGUCUGAAGAUAAUAAGGAUGCUGUGUUUAUGUGUAUAUAUUUGUCUUUUGUUACGGGAUGCUCGGCAUGUGAAUGACAGGGUCGCUAUUGAAGAGAUGUUAAACCCUGAAGGUAGAGGUGGAGUCUGACAGGGCUUGUGCUGGCAUUCCAGAGAUAAGGAGUAAGUCGCUCAGGGAUCUUUAGUGUAGGAGUGUUUCAAAGGAAAUGAGUGAUACAGGUAAAAACACAGACCUUGGGAUGAGCAUUCAUGGAUCAUUAGAAGGAAGUACUCGAUAAAACAAUUGUGGCAUUUAAUCGAAUCAACAAUAAAAUCCUUAAAGCUUUAGUUACCUUUGAAUGAGAGCUUUAUGGGAGAUGGGUAUAGGUCAUCCAGAGGCACAACAGAAAGUAAACACUUACAAGGUUAUUCCCCAAUGUGAGAAUUCAAGGUGAAUUCAGUGUGAAUUUCAAAUCUAAGGUCAAGAUAGUCAUAAUGGAAGGAUUAUCUCAAUCCGCUAUGCUCUCCAUUCACCUACUCUCAAUUAACAUGAUAGUAUAUAAUCCUGACUAACUGUAGCGUAGUCUCUGGUAUUUCUCUUAUGGUUUGGUCCACCUUGAGGACUUCUAUGUGAUUUGGCGUACACCAGGAAGGCACUAAUUCCAGCUUUGAAUGUUGGGAGAUUCUCCUCUCAUUAAGAGUAAUAAAAAAGUAUUUAACCAAGGAAGGUACAUUCAGAUUACUCUGGUUUCCAAGUGUUAAGGAGGAAUUGUCACUUCCCACAUUUUUAAUAUUGUUUUUAGUUAUCCCUAUAUUAAAAAAUAUGUAGUCGUCUUCCCCCCCAAAAAGACCCCCUACUGAUAACACAAUAGGACCCCACACAUUUCCCCCCAAUCCCACACAUACCCCCACACCGACCUCACAAAUGAAAGCUUAAUCAUAAGACUAGAGAACCCACCCAACACAAAGACAAAAUACCAUACCUCGUACAACACGAGCAUCAGAGAUAAAUAUAAGAGAACAACCUCAGGCACUAGACGUAGACUCAAAUUUUACCACACCGGAAAACACCCACAUCUACAGCUUAAACAAGGUGACCCCCCAUGGGUCGAGACCACCAAACUCCCACACUGACCACACCUACACACAAAACAAACACACCAGACCAAACCCCAGACCCAUAUAAAACCGAAAGAGACACAAACCUGACAGACCUAACACUGGAAGAACCAAACACGCACCCAGAGGCAAGGACGACAAGACCCAUGACCAAGGGACAAACCUCUACCUGAGACAUACAAAAACCAAACCACUCAACCCAGAAUACUGACAUGAGGUUUCGCAAUAAACCAUAAUGAUACCAAUGAAAUGUAACGAAACUGCAAAAUAUUGGAUAUCACUACUACCCUACCCUUACCUUUAUUCUGUACCCUAUACCUCACCUAAACUUGAAAAAUAAAGAAUUUAUUUAUUUAUUAGUUGUGAAGUUAGAAAAUAAAAUGAAUGUUGAAACAUACACAUCUUUACCCAGGUAUUGCAGAAAUGCAGCUCCACAAUGCUUUGCCGUUCUAAAAACAGGCAUUUCAUUAGGAAAAUUCCAUUAUUACAAUAUCUGUGAAUUUAGUUUCUCAACAAGCCCUGCCUUAUGCACACACAAUCACAUGAUCCAUUCUGAUAUUCGACAAAAGACGGAGAUACCGCCAUCAAGUGUUGUCAUUUCCCCCAGAGGUCACUUGUAAAGGCUGUAAGGAAAAAUGGUUUGUCUUUGGAGGAUCCCGUGGGAAUUAUCAUAGAGAUCAGUGUUGUAUUCUCGCGCAUGCACAACCGCACUGAUGUUGGCUCCUGGCAUAUGAAGUGCCAGGAUCUAAAGAGGAUCCACUGGAUGAAGAUGGCGACGGCCACAAGGGACAGCUUCAGGUAAGUAAAACUACUUCCUGCAACCCUGGGCCAUUGAACUUCAAUAGAUAAAGUCACCAUCUAGGGCAGGGGUGCCCAAAAGGUAGUACCCCAGAUGUUGUAGAACUACAUGUCCCAUGAUGCUUUACGUGCCUUUAGAAUGACAAAGCAUCAUGGAGUCUGUAGUUUUAAAUCAUCUGAGGAUCUACCUCCUGGGCGCCCUUGAUCUAUGGUCUUUGUAAAAUCUGCAAAGAUUCCUGAAGGCUUUAAAUAUUUAUAACAUGACGGAUUAUAUUGUAUAUGUGCAUUUUGUUUUAAAUACUUAUACAUUGUAUCUGUCAGAGAUUUGCAUUACAUUUUUCUUCUUUCUUACCAUCUUGCUGUGCCAGACUUCGCUUUUGGCAUUUGUUUAAAAUUCCUGAAAUUGAAUUGCUCAGCUGAAGAAAAGUUACUUCUAAUAGUGAUCUAAUUAACUUUGCUUUAAGCAUUUUGUAAAUUUAGAUUUCUGUUACUUUUGCUUUCUCCCUCCAUUAAUCUCAUUAUUUAAACCAGUAAUUCCCAGAUUUUUCUAGGCCAAGGCAUAUGUUAGUGAAACAAAGGCCGGGCACACCUAGGUUUGUACCUAAAUUGGCCAUUUAGAAGUUCUGCAGCUUUCCAGGUGCAGGACUAUCAAACUGUAAUUUGCUAUUUCACUAUUGGACAUUAAUCAGGAUUCAUGGGAGUUGAAAUGGCAAAACAAGGGCUUUAAAAUAUUUUGGGUGAUUUAACCAAUGUUACAAUGCUUAAUUAGGAGUAAUUAAUAUAUACAUGGAACUGUCCCAGAUUUAUGCACAAGCUGAUAGCACAUCCCAUACCUAUCUUGUUGGCUAUUUAUUUUUGAGAUUCUCACCGGGUUUUAUUUUGUAACUUACAUGCCUUGUCUGGUUCCCUGGUCAUGGUAUAUAAAUUAAAUUAACCCCCUGCAGGGCUGUACCCAUGAGCACCGCGCUGCCGAAGGAAUGCCUGGCACAUGCUCAUGGCAUGUCUCUGAAGAUGCCAAGUACUCAAGAGUGUACUCAAGUAAAGCUGAAACCUCAUCAUAUGAGUUGGCACUAAUAAAGAAAUAUAAUUUUAGACUUAAGAUUUAACAUAUUAUCACUGUACAAUGUACAUACACUGACAAUGACACAACGUUAGCCUCUGAUCAGAUCUAAUGCAGCAGCAAUUAAUAAAAAAAUACCAUAUAAAAAUGUACUCUCAGACAGUGUUCAUUAGCAGUCUAUACCGAAUACCAUAGUACCUCUAGUACUUAGGAAAUACAAUCCCUUCCUCGUUGAUAAAACGUUUUAACAGCCUAAUAAUACAUUGACAUUACACUAGUGCCAACAAUACAACCCAUAUCCUCCAAUCAAGUAAAAUAUCUAUCCUAUAAAAAAAAAAAUACCCUGUCCAAUAAGUGUACUAAACUACAAUACUUCUUAUCUUCUUAGCUCCUUGCUACGAUAUGGUGGAAACCUAUCCCUGCAAAGCGCCAUGAGUGUACGAUUCAACAGCAAUGGAACGCAACUGCUUGCAUUGCGCCGACGCCUGCCUCCUGUCCUGUACGAUAUCCACUCGCGUCUGCCAGUCUUCCAGUUUGACAACCAAGGCUAUUUCAACUCCUGCACAAUGAAGAGCUGCUGCUUUGCUGGAGACCGGGACCAGGUGAGAUAGGGGGGUGUUUACAAAUGUCUAAAUAAAUAAAAAAAUAUAUAUAGUAACAUGAUUAUUUGCAUAGAGGAAUACUGCUUGUCUUGAUUGAUCUAUAUUCUUUCUGCCUAUAUGGGAUCAAUUCAAGGCAAUAUGAAGCAGCCUUAGUUUAGUGCAUUUCCUAAUAAUAGCAGUUUGAAUUCUGAAAUGCCAUUCAUAUCCAAUGUUUAUUAUCAUUGCUCCACACCUUAUGUGUAACAGAUUGUGUGGAGAGAAGUGUCACGUCUAAUAUAAAGAUCUUAUACCAGCUCGCGAAGGGCCAUUCGAUCCUAUUUCUAUACAAGACUACUUUACUAGACUGGAUUUUGCUUGUUUCAUUUUGAGAAACCAUUGGUACAGUAAUGAAUGCCAUGGUAGUAGAUAGCAAGAUCGCAAAAUGUCUGGUUACCUAAGGAUUAUAUACUGGGUCAAUGUGAAUAAAGUUCCAUGAUGCCUUAAUGCACUAAACCACAGAAGUGAAGUGGGGACCACAAUAAGUUGCUGGAAACCACAGAGUGCUGUAUGAAGUAGGACCUAAACAAAGGUCUUUGUCAAGCUAGACUCCAAGUGCCUGAAGCCCCUUCUUCUAUGUACCUUAAUGCACCAUCUAAUGAAGUGCAGUGAUACCACUCUGUUUGAGCAAUAUUUAACAAGUAGCAGUUCAGCGAUGAGACUUUCAUGAGUUUACCUGCCAUUUACACGUGUGUUUUGCCAUGGCGCUUGUCUCUCAUUUUAACAAGGGUACAGUUGCUCUUUAAAUCUUGUGAUUGAAGACAAGCAAAUAUAUCAGAUAUUUAUAUACUCAUAAGUUGUUUAAUAGAUAUAACAUUUUACUUGAAGAGUGACUACAAGCUGAACAUAGAAAAACAGUCUACUAUCAACUUCUAUAAAGGGUCAUUAUUAUCUGAGGAUCACACACCAUCUGAUUACAAUUAUAGUGUUGUUACCACGUGAUAACUGGAGCAGUAGACUUCAGUGUUGAGUUCAUGUAUAGUUAAAUACACUGAUGGCCAAGAUUCUUCCACUUUAUUUUAACAUCGUAGCACACAAAGAAAAGCAGAAAUUACUAACCAAGGACAAUUAAGGCAUCUUUUGCUUCACUUUGCCCUUCAUAGCAUGCAUCUAUUUCCAAUCACUUACUGCUUUAUUUAGUACUAGAGAAUGGUAUACACUAGAAUAGUAUAAAAACCUUUAUUGACUCACUCUUUGGUCAUCAACUCUAAUUGAAGUAAUGGACAGAGAUUUAAAUUGAAUGAUCCAGUAUCAGUACUUUCCUGUAUGACUAAAUAAUGUCACUAUGGUACAAAAUAUAUAGUUUUUUAUUUAUUUUAUUCAUUACUGCCAUUUACAGUCAUGGGAAGUGAAUACUUAACUGGGAGAAACUGAUUCUUGAAGGUAAAAUGGGGCCUUAUUUCAGCAUAAGCUAAAUGAAGAUAGUGUAACAUUUAAAAAAUGAAAAGUGAAAAUUUAGGUCGCUUGUGCAAAUACAUUCUAAAUAACUGAACUGGAAACAUUCUUGAACCCAGCUUGGCUAUUUUUAGAGAAUGAGAACAUUUCUCAUUCACAUUUCAACUCGCUACAGUUUGUUUCAGGGGGCUCAAAUGAAAUGGAUUUUAUAUAUUGAAUUGCAAAUAAACCAAAUAUUGUUUGUCGAUCUCUUUUUUUUAAAUUUUUUUUUUUUUUUUUUGCAUGAUGGUAGAAGAGCAGUACAAGUAGUUCUUGUAGAGAACAAGUAGAUCUGCACACAAAAAUAAUGUCUAAAUAUUGCAUGAGAAAUCUGGCCACUCAAUUUAAAAAUGAAAUAAAAAUAAUAGGCAAAGUAAACAGUGCACAGAAAACAAAACAGAAUAAGAUGCAGCAGCAAAUGCAAUGGUAUAAUAAUCAGUAGUAUAUAUGCUUAGCUUAUCAGGCUAGGCAAGACCACCAAGUAAGCAUGUAGCAUAGUACAUAAGAAAAAGUCAUUAACUUUAAGUGGAUCGUGGACAUAACAACUCAAACUGAAAUAUAAUGAGAAGCCACUGUACACGAGAUCCACCAAGAGAUGGCCAUUUCUAUGUGUGUAGUUGUCCCAAGUAAGCCUAUACUUAGGCUCGGGAGGCUUAUGGAAAAAAACGGUAGACUGAAACCAGUGCCUGGAGCACGGUAGCGCUCCUCAAGUCCCCAUCUCCAGCUUCCGACCUCCACAAGAACCAUGACUCCAUAUCCACUGACCCUAUCUGUCUAAGUGCUCAGGUCGAAGUCCUGAGAGUGUGCUCUAUAGUGAAGAACUUUCUGAGGUUGAAAUCCUUCUGGAUUUUUUUUUCCAAGAAUGAGACGAAUGGACUGAAGAGAAGGCUUAAAUCUGCUAAAAUGCCCAAUAGGUAAGUAAAUGUAAAAGGGCUAUAUUUGUGGGCACAAGGAUAACCCACAACGGUCCGGGAGGCGGGGAGCGGGAAACAGGGCACCAAGAAUAGCAGGCCAGUAAGGCCCCAUCCAGGAGGUUGGCUGUCACUCCCAUUCAGGCACCUCAUAGAUUAGUGUUUUGAUCGUUAUUGAUGAAGUAUAAGGGAGGAGCUACCACAGUCUGUCCAUCUGGAAUGCCGGUCAUCCCCCAUCACCACCAAUAUAGGCUUUGAUUUAAUUAGCUUUUCAAAUAAUGAAAUACUGUAAAACUUUACAAAUGAUUUCACAGUAUUGAAUCAUUUGGAAAGUUUAUUAAAUGGAGGCCAUAGUGCAUUAUUACGCCAUUCAUAGAAUUGGAAAUGAGAAUAUAAAUUACUCACAUACGUCAGAGCUUGUAUGUCAGCUCUAACUAGGCUGCCCAGAUUAAUAUAGAGCCAGAAAAUAGCUCAGUUUUCCUCUCACAUGGACACUGUAUCCCAAAGGAUGAGAAUGCAGGUACAAAUGUAUGGUAUCAUUUCAAAACUUUAAUUAAAAAGACAAUGAAAACUCUGACAUAUAACUUUGAGCUCAGCUUUGUUGGAUUAAAAUGCAAGACGCUAUGUAUGUUCUAAAUUGAUUGUCUGCCGUAGAAUGAUGUGUUCUGAGUGAUUGCAGUGGAUAAAUCUGGCUUUUAUACGUGUUGAGGGCAUGUUUAUGGGUUUACAAUUAUUCAUAUAUCCAUUUGUUUUUCUGCAUGCACAGUCAUCCCAUUAAUUAGCUUGUCUCAGUGUAUGUAGCCUUGUCGUGUUCCAUGUAACAGAGUCAUUCUCUGCUCUGUCUGUCCGCUGUUUAGGAAUGUACCUUAUAUCUUAAGGCUGUAAUUCUGCCAAAUGUUUCCUAAACAGAGCCAGCUGUCAGUGAUAGUGUAAACUGCAAGGCAAGGAGAAAUGCCAAAGUCCUUCUAUGAGAAGAAUUCCUUGUCCCAGGACCUAGAGCUAAUAUGUCAUGUAGCACAAUCCCAUACUUAGCAUGCACAUGGAUUAGUGUACUCAGAAUAUUAGCCUAGAUAUAAAGUGCAUUAAUUAUCUCUUAAAUAACAAGUUCUGUGCCGAGAGGAAAUUUACAAGUUGUCUGUAUACAUCAGUCUUUCAGCUGGGUAUCCUCUCACAUAAAAUAACUUUUUUUUUAUCAGGAUUUGGAUAAUAUAUCUCAGACAUACACACAUUUCCAAACACAUUAAUCUGUAGCUUUUGAUUUGCACAGAUGCAAUAGAUCUUCAUGCUUUACAUACUAUACUUUCUCUAUUUGACAUAGUCCUGUUGCGUUAAGAUUUGCUUCCAUGUAAGGCAGCCUUCUGCGCGCUCGUGCCUCUAGGCUCCCCCACCCCUCUAAUUGUUUUCAGUAAAGAAACCUAGCCUUGUGUAAUGAAAACCUUAAUCCCUCUUCCAUUCAGUUAUGAUUUUCAUAGCUUCUGUGCACAUUCUGUUCAGUCAUCUACCCUGUGUAAGCAAAACGCAUCAGAUAAUGCCCUGCAAAAGAUGGAUCGCCAAGUGGUGUGCUUGGGCUGGCACAACGUCAUGAGCAUUGUAGUUCUAAUGCAGCUGGGGAUCUACCUUUUGGCUAUUUCUUCAAAACACCGUGCAGUUAGAGAAGCUGUUCUGACAAGUCUUUGAGUUGCAAGGCACAACCUCAGCUCUUGAAAAGUUUUUCACAUGUUCAUUGUAUGGAGAGCAUGGUUUUAUUUACUAGGAUUGUCUAUCAUGUUUUAUCGGAUAUUAUACAGACAAAACAAAAACAUUUUCCCAGUUUCAUCUUCUAUUCAUCUUCAUCUUUCUAUUCUUGGUCAUUUAAAAUCUUUUCGAUUUUUAAUUAAUUUUGUUUCAGUCGUGAGAAACCCCUCAUACAUCAAUCAACACACAUUCUUUGUUACAUUCUGUAGAAUUAGUUGUGAUACAUAUAGGAUAAAAAAUUGCUAAAUGUACUGAGUACAGUCAUACUUGUAUUAGGGAGCUUACGAUCUAUGUAUGCAACAAGGCAAAAUAGGCCUUUACACACAUAUAGAACAUACAGGUUAACAUUGUUUUAAAUUAUUCUUUGUCGGGCAGCAACAAAAACCGCGUGCAGUACAAUUUUGCAAUGUUAUUACAAUAUAUGCUGUAUGGGCAUGCCUCGCUAACUAAUAAUAUCAACUUAAAGGAACACUAAUAUGUAUUUCUGACCCUAUAGUGUUAAAACAUCCAUCUAGCCACCUUGGCCCCGCUUGUCCUCCUAAAUAUAGUAAAAUCUUACCUUACUGCAGGCUGCUGCUAGCUCUGCCUACUUGGUGGUGAUCUCAGCCAAUCGCAAUGUUUUCCCAUAGGAAAGCAUUGGAUUGGCUGAGAUUGUCAAGGAUUCACAUCAGGGGCAGAGCCAGCACAAGCCAAAGACAGCUCUGGAACUUUCUUUUUUUAAAUGUUUGGUGUGAUAUGUCAUGUCUUUUCUGUCUGUUUUUACGUUUUCAUUCAUGUGUAUAAUCGUCUCCUUAAAGUGUCUGUCAUUUAGCUGUAGAUACAUUUCGUUUGUUUAGUGCUUACAACAGGAGGAGAGAACGAACAAGGAAUAAACUAAGGGAUAAGAUAAUGUGAUUUUAUUGUGAGAGGGGAGAAAGCUUGAUUCUCUGCCACAGUGGUGAAUGAAUGAUCUUUGCGAGGGAUCAACAGGAGUAAAGACAAAAUGAGGAAUAAACUACAGGAUAAGAUUAUGUGAUUUUAAUGCUUGGUUCUCUGCCACAGUGGUGAAUGAGCUUUGGAUACAUCUGUGAGUAGCUGGAGAACCGGCUGUAUGUAUGUGGCUGUGUAGGAAGAGGCAAAACUAAAUUUGUGAAUAAUUUGUGCUGUCUCCUACAUGGAAAGCAAGCUGUCUUGUGUCUGUUUUAUGUAAGACAGAUGCAUACUUACAUUUCUUUUGAAAAUAUGUAUUUGCUCAUAUUCUCUAAAUAGAACUCAUUGCAUGCUGGGGAAGAAUUUGAUGCAUGUCCCCAGUAACAGGGUUAGAGUACAACUGGUAAAGAAUCAUUGGGACUGUGUUUUUCAGAGUCUUAUGGCCGAUUGCCCUACCACACCUUAUAGAGUGAUAUACUAAAAUGUAUACAGAUAGCAAUAACGUUUUCUAUGUGUGUUGCCUCUAUUUCUGGCUCUUGAUAUAUAUUUAUUUAUUUAUUUAUUUGUUCUUUCCAGUAUAUCCUAUCUGGAUCUGAUGAUUUCAACCUGUACAUGUGGAAGAUUCCAACCAACCCUGACUCAGGUGUGUGAAAUUAUGUAUCACUCUGUAGACUUAUCUAGUAUCCAGCGUGCAGGACCCACAGCAGAAACCAUUUGGGCAUUGUGUAGUCUUAUAUUAGGGGGAGACAAACCUACUCUGUAACUGUAUAAAACAUCAAAAAUGUAUUCUGCGUAACUGAAGAAAACAUUAUUUCUAACCACCUGGAUAUGUACAAUUAUUUUCUGUACAGCAGUCUACAGUUAAAGGAUAGACCUGAACACAUCCCCCACACUCACAACCACAUGAAGACAUAUAGAUAGCCCGACUGACCCCAACCCGGAGACAGCCUGAAACCGAGAGAAAUAACACAAGGGCGCCACGGCACGGGUUCUGAACACAGACACUCAUACAAGGCAACCAAUGGGGACGGACCGCCUUAUCCCGCAACAAAAUCUGACCUAGAUACAUUAUAUAGCACCUUAACAUCGGCUAACCAAUUCCUUACGGAAGACACGCAAUGGCACCCACUGUGCAAUAUAUCGUAAAACAAUAUCACCAUAGUCGCUACGCCCUAUGAAACCACAUACCCAAUCUGCUUAAGAAAGGCACAAUACAAAACAAGAUGCCGGCCUCAAAAAAUAAACCACAGGGACUAUGUGUUAUAAGCCUCUGCGUAGGCUACUGCUGUAAAACUACUGAUGACACAACCCCACAUCCCAAACCAUUUACUAAGUAUACAACACUACCCCUGCGUGGGUAAACUGCUCUCAAUCAGAGGUUACAAAAUGCCCAUCAUUACCCAGGUCGGAACAACUACGAAAUAUGUAAUUAGCCUUACUCUUGUCUGUUUGACGUCAUCUGCCUCUGUAUAGGCAACAAUGCACCCUCUUUUCAAAUCUGUUGUAUGUCUGCUAACAUGUUGCAUACGAAAAAAAAAAAAAAAAAAAGGAUAGACCUGUUUACCCUAAUGAAUACCUCCCAGUGUUUCAAAUUGGCAAAGAGGGACAUAUCCUUGGUGGGGCUUAAAGGGUGGCUGCAGUGAUUCACCCUAUUGAUAACCACUUAUAUACCUGUCAGUUCACUAGUUAAAGAGACACUCCACUGUCCAAACACAAAAUAAAUGCAAAUCACUGUUUAGUAGAUAUACCCCAAAUGAAACGGUGCACACAUUUAAUAAUGUAUUUUUUUUUUUUUCAUUUGAGAUAUAUCUAAAAACAGCUUGCAAAACCUGCAGUUAUCCAUUCUGCUGCCUUUGCAAGCCCUCCCCUUCUGACCCCGCCCAGACAUUCUGUGGCUGUCCAAUCACAGACUUCCCAAUGUAGCUCAAUGAGAAGUGUUUUGCAAGGCAGGUGCUCUUGGCAAUUAUCUUCAGCUUGUGCACUAAACCGCACACAAAUUUUCAGAAGACCUUUUCGUUUCAUCAGAAAGAGAGGAAACGGUGGACAACACAACAUCACAGGGAUAUGUGUUUUGUAUGUUUCUUUAAUCAAAUCAUGAUCUGGAAACUCAAUCUAAAGAAAAUGUAUUUGUUCAUAAUUAAUUUUUGUGGGGGGGUGUGAUGACCUGAACCUCGUCACAGUUUCUUGGAGGGACCUGCUGGCCAGCUUCUUGCCUCAAGACUAUGGGCCCUGCAAUAUACCUUGCCCAAUGCACUUGAAAAGGCUCUGUUCAUGUGAGUUAUGUACUUUUGUACUCCAGACAGUGAGACCAACCGUUAGCCUUGAUUCCCUGGAACUGUUUUGGGCAUUGGCCCAUGUGCACGGUCGGUCAAAAAUAAGACUUCCAGGAAAUUCCUGAACCCCUGAACUGAUUUGGAUGAUUUUUUUUUCUUUGCUUGUAGAUAAUUGGAUUAGAAUUAGUACAGUUAGUGAUCCAAUUUUGGGAUUGUGUGCUGUGUGUGGGAGUGUCAUGCCUUGUAACUUUAUUGUUAUUGGUAUGUGAAGUUGCAAAUCAGUCCACCAUCAGGUCCAUGUGGGCGUACCCCUUGCAUGGGGAUGGUCAUAUCAGGCCAAAUGUGACUCCCAAUUAAACUGAGAUUCAUUUUACCCUUCAUGAAGUCUUGGUUCAUGUUUGGGGGAUUGGAGAACUACAUUCACUCUGGGGAUUGCUAUAUCACAAUACUCCCCUGAGUAUAAUCACUAGCUCUUAUAAGAGCUGUUCCUGCUUUGCUCUCUGGACUAGGAGAGGUUUACUCACUGGAAGCUGGAUCCUGGUCAUGGUUCCAGGGUGGGUGGAGAACAGAGAGACUCCAACUAAUCUGCGGCGGUUAGUGGGGUUUACGGUGGUUAUGGUGUUCCAGUGCAGUGUUUAUGGUGCUUGCAAAUACUAGGAAGCAUCAAUUGACAGGUACCUGGUCGGGGUGCCAGGCGGUCCGUCACAGGGGGAAUAUUUAAAAAUGGCUUUCAAAAGUUGCAGAUCUCUUGUCGGCAGCCUUUGCAAGACCUCCCACUUUCUCCCCAGCACAGACUGAAAGUCUCAUUGAGAAGCCUCUGUGCUGGAGCUGCUAGCGCACGCAUGCGAUCUCUGCUUACUAGUUUGUUAUGCCUGCCACAUCCAUGUGUGGAGCUAACACAUGUGGAAGAAAACCUUGAUGGCUGUCAUUCAGAUCAGUGUUUCUGCCCCCAAUUUUUAAAGUGACAAUUUCCAUUGAAAGCAUGACUUUUAUUUACUGCAAACUAAAAAGUGCUUUGUGUGUGGAAUGUACCUUGAACUCAGUCACAGAAGAGCUGCAAUGGUAUUAUUUAGAAACUCAGACUUGGAGACCUUAAUUCAAAGUAUAGAAAUUACAAAACAUAGCAUAAAUGGUCUUCUGCACUUAACUAGAAUUAAAUGUUGAAUGUAAAAGUUAAUCAGUUCCACUUUCAAUAGCUAGUGUUUUCUACAAGUGUGAGAGCCUUUCGACUUGUGUUUGACGUGUUUUGUAUAUUCUGUCCCAACUGUCCUGAUUUCACAUCUCUUUGACAUAUAAUUAUGCUAACACUUCAUUUUAACAAGUGAUGUUUCACAGAUUCUGACUGAUUGCUUGAUUAAAGUAUUGUAUGGUUUCCUGCUGUUGAGUAGGACUGGACUAAAACUAAUUUUUCAUUGUUGCCGGAAUUUUUUGCCUAAACCUAUUAACUCUCAUCUGUCCAUUAACGCACUCUAAGCCCCAUAACCACUGCAGCUCAGUGUAGAGAUUAUGAAGUGAAAAGUCUAUACACGCCGUCCCUUGGAUAUUUGCCAAAUCAUUUGGGAGUGGAUUGACACAAAGCGGGCUCUCCAUCACCAAUAGAAAACCUUCACUGCGUCACAUAAACUGUCCUGAGCCUUUCACUGACAUCCAGUCUGGAUUGAAUUGAUAUUGGUAAUGCAGAACGUGAAUCCUGCAUUAUCAAGAAGACUGAAGUAGGGACAGGCUAUGUGUGACUGGAAGAAUCCCGUCUUUGUCAAACCACUCCCAAAUAAUUCUACCAAAGUGAGAAUAUAAAGUGUUUUAUUUUUUAAUUUAAGGUCAAAUAGCCAAACUGGAUUCUCUAAGUCAGCCUGCUUUCAGUUUGGCUACUCUGGCCUUAGAUUUGAAAUUCACUUUGAAUUCUCACUUUACUAAAUAACCUUAAGAGUUUAAGGCCAGAUACUUAUUGCACCAUAACCACUACACUUAACUGAAGUUAUUAUGGUGCUUACAGUGCACUUUUAAGUUACAUUGUAUCUAUAUAAUGUAUCAUAAUAUACAUUGUUAUAGGCCACCAGAGGUGCUUCCUCUGAAACAACAGAGUGAAACUUGGUCAAUGAUAAGCAUUUGAUUGGAUGCAUGCAGCAUUUGUUGUGCAUCUCGUCCCUAAUGAUGCUCUGUUAGGAGCAUUGUUUUGGACAUUCAUUGUGGAAACAACACCUCCACAAUGACAUUGCGGAAGGCAGAGCAGGCAGCAGCACCGAGGUAAUCUUGGCCCUGGUAUAAAGGUAAGUAAAAUGUUUUUUUUUUUUUCUUACCACAUAGGUGAAAAGGGGGUGGGGCCUGAAUUUAAAGGUGCACUAGGGAACUAUAACAUUAGCAAUACAGGUUAGUAUUUCUAAUGCUAUGGUGUUACUUUAACAGACUGGGAUAAAAGUAACAAAACGAUAAAGGUUGAGUUUUAAUAUGGUUCUGCUUUUAAAUAGAUCCCAUUCCACUAAGAACAUAUUUAAAACAAAUGACUUAAUAUGUCAAAUAUAUUCUUACAAAUACUCUGUGCUCUAGCGGACGAGACAAGCUGGACCUUCUAUGCACACCCAGUAAGUGAGGGCUUAAAUCUUAUUUCCCUUGAGUAUGCAUGGCAUUUAUCGUAGUCUGUAAUGGAUAUUGUAUAUUAAAGGAAUCCUGCACAAGCCAGAGAUAUUUUACAAAAUCAGCACAUACAAGGCUAUGUAAUCCUCUGUAAUUAACCCCAUCGUUGUUAGGGUUUUUUUAUACCUGGAGUAUGAGCAAUGUUUGCAUUUUCUUCCUGUGUCUUUAUUGAUCAGUAAUUUUCCUCUUACAUAUUUAGUGCAAAAAGCUAUGUGCUACACGUUUGUAGAUUAUUUGUAGAUAAUUAGUGCAGCUAAAGUUUUUGUGAAUUAAAUCUUAAUGGAAAGACUGAGGAGAAAAACAACUUAUCUGGAAAAAUUCUCUUGCUCGGCCAGAUACAGCUCAAUUAUUUUUGCUUCCACUUUUGAAUUCAGAUUAAAAAUUCAGAGUUUAGUAAACAAUCCCAUUUGCCAUGAUUUUGAGAAUUCUUCACGUAGCUAGAAGACAUUUCACAACAUUAUUGCUGUUACAAUUUAAAAGCUAAAAGUUCUAAUUUCGAUAUGUUGGUUAUCUACAUUUAAUAAUACAACCUGCGACCACUUUAUUACCAAUCUCUGCCACAAUGUCAUGUAGUAUAUUUUUAACAUUUAAUCUGCCACAAUGUCAUGUAGUAUAUUUUUAACAUUUAAUGAGAUGAAGUUGUUUACUAUAAGGUGUUUGCAGGUGGGGUUGUGCCAUUCUAGAAUGAGGUUAAGAACUAGAUUAUCCUUCAAGCUUCUUCCAUUCUCAAGAUCUCUGAGUGAGUGGAAGACAUUAAGUUAUGUUGACCACUUAAUAAUUCCGUGAUAAUCAUAAUUUUAAAUGGGGAGAGUCCUUGGGGUGGGUGCAGCAUCGUCACGAUUCCUAAAACCUUUCAAUUACUUGCAAUCAAUGUGAGUGAUAAAAAGUAUGCGACAUUCUUGGAACACAUCACUGUGGCUAGUUUUGCUGUUUUUGGGGGGUAUCGGAAGAUGAGGCACUUAUAAGGAGAAUGGCCAAUGAGAGAGCGUGGGGCAGAAUAUAUAUACUUUCUAAACUAGCCUGCCUGCUUACUUACAAUCACAGCAAGUAUGCAGAGAAGCUGGACGGCAGACACACACAGCAUUACUAAGAGUUAUCGAAUGUUGAGAAAUGCCAGAAUAUGUCUGAUACGGACAGUGUCAGUAUUUGCAUUUACCCGGAGAUCACAAGAUGCAUGCUUCCUUGCUUGCCACGCUCGCAAAACAAUCAUGUCCCAGGAGAGUCACUUGCCCUCAAAGGAUAGUUUUUUGCGAUGUGCUACCUGUCGCAGAGAAGUUAAUAUCUGUGAUAUCCAAUCUAUGGUAUCUCCCAUGUCUACAUGUCUAGCCUAUAUGAUUACAUGAAGCCUUUGGAAUCAGGCUAGUCUGAAUCAGUCUUUGAAAAAAUGUUGUUUUGACCUGUGACCUCAAGGGCCCUGCUUCACUUGUGACUUGGAAAAUAAAAACCACCAGGGGAGGAUAUUUUUGUUCUCAAAACAGUUGGGAUUUAACAUAAACAUAGAAUAGGACCACAGAUAAGAAGUAACCAAUUAUCCAGCCUGCAUAUUUUCCGAUCUCCCAUAGAACAUCAGAUUUAGUAAGAUAAGCAAAGUUUUUUGCCACUAAAUGUUGCUGAAUCUAACAAGCCAGGUUUGAUGUAUUCAGCUUUGUUACAAUGUUCAUGGGGAGCUAACACUUCUCUGGAAAUAGAAGCAGGAGCUCUGUUUCUCCACAAGAGAGCAUUUAGGGAAUUUCAAGGGGAUUUCACAUUUAAAGGGACACUAUAGUCACCAAAAGAACUACAGCUUAAUGUAGUUGUUCUGGUGUCUAUAGCCUGUCCCUGCAGUUUUUUUAAUGUAAACACUACCUUUUCAGAGAUAAGGCAGUGCAUACAUUACUGCCUAGGAACACCUCUAGUGGCAGUCACUCAGACAGCCACUAGAAGUGCUUCCUGGGUCAGAGCUGCAUAAUGUGCAGCACUGACGUUUGGUGUCUCUGCACUCUGCAUGGAUGAUCUGAAAGUUCCUCUUAGAGAUGCAUUCAUUCAUUGAGGAGAUGCUGAUUGGACACAACGUUUUGCUGCGCAUGAGCAAUAGCAUUUCAAUGUUUUCUUAUGGAAAAGCAUUGGAUUGACUGAGGUAGUUUGAUGAUCUCAGCCAAGUUGGCAGAGCCAGCCGCGAUGAGCUGAGCGAGUCACUGCAAUAAAGGGGAGUUUAAACAACUAUUCUUCUGACACAUUGGCUAUACUGGAUUCAUGUUGAAUUUUCACUAUAGUAAAUAACUAUGGCCUAAAUUUAAUAUUGUUGGGUUUUCAAAUUAUUAUUAUUUUAUAUAUUAAAUCAUUUAAAGUUUGUUAAAAAAAUAUCAACUAAUUUGAAAAGCUUAUCGAACAGUAUUAAAUUGAUGCCAAUGUUCAGUGAUUGACAGAAAGCCAUGGUUGAGGCACUCCGUUCCACAGUUCCAACAUAGCACUAAAUACAGCCAUGAGGAUUUCUGCACAUCUAUAUUUUUUGUUUGUUUUUGUCAUACUUUACAAACAGAUAUUUCUUAAAUUUAAGGAGUAAAUAAACUUAAUAUUAAAAGUCCUAGGAACUGACAUUUCCCCUUCUAGUAUGUUUAUUUUUAUACUUCAUCAUCUAGAAACACAUUGCAUGUAAUGCAUUAGAGGCCUGAUUUGUCAGGCAAGAAAACGGAUAUUAUUAGUUCACUGUUCAGGGCUUGCCAUAAAUCCGUGAGCCAUUGAUCACCAUAUAAUAAGAUUACCAUCUGACAGGCUUUCUUAAGUUAAUUUACAUGUAAGUGCUCGAUAUCCUGAUUGGCUAACAGAGCGCACAUUACAUACAUCUUACAUCGUUCAGUGUUCUGCAGUAUAUGUUUUGCGUGGUUGCCUCUUGUCUGUAAAAUGCGAUUUAUUGUUUGUUCUGGCACUACAAUGUUCUUAAUGUAAAUGUACCAUUGUGUUCUCUUUUCAUAUGUAGGUGGAGCAAGUAGAGAUGUAAAUGGUGCUUUCAUGGUUCUGAAGGGACAUCGCUCCAUUGUAAAUCAAGUGCGUUUCAAUCCAGACACCUACAUGAUCUGUUCUUCAGGUGUCGAAAAGAUAAUAAAGGUGAGGUUAAAUUAUUCUUAAUGUGUGAAACAUUCACGAUAAAUUGUGAUGAAAUGGAUCUUUCAUUAUUGUCCACUAAGAUGAAGAUUCUCUUGUGACUUAGUCAGGGUUCCAGUUUAGGUCUUCCUGUUGCUCUUAUACUUAAUCCCCAAUGUAAGAUGAGAUUUGUGAAUAUUUGUCGUCAGUUAGCACGUAUUCAACAUGAUGCCUGAUAAAAGCCAAACAGUAGUCCAUAUGACAGACAUCUAUGAGCUGGCUGAGACAUAUCUUUCUCUGACUAAAUUUGUAUUCUUACAUUUGAUCUAUAAUGUUGUUGACAGGUUUGGAGCCCUUAUAAACAGCCAAGUUGCUCUGGAGACCUUGAUGGGCAGGUUGAAGAUGACUCCCGCAGUUUGUACACUCAUGAAGAGUACAUUGGUCUUGUACUCAAUAGUGGAAGUGGGCUGUCUCAUGAUUAUGCCAACCAGUCAGUGCAAGAAGACCCCAGAAUGAUGGCUUUCUUUGAUUCCCUAGUACGGCGGGAGAUUGAGGGAUGGAGCUCAGAUUCCGAUAGUGACAGCACAAUUCUGCAGCUUCAUCCUGGAGUCAGUGAGCGUUCAGCUUACAGCGAUUCAGAAUCUUCAUCUCUACCUCCUUCACCAGUGCAAGCUCCAGGAGUGUCUGAUGAGAAUACCAAUGCUGAAGGGUCCCAGAGAUCUGCAGAGUUUCCUACUACAAGACCAGAUAUGUCUUCCCAUCAGCUACAUAUGUUAGCUUUAAGAAGAUACCAGGAUAAACGACUGUCUGCCAUGUCCAACAACUCUGACUCCGAUGAUAAUGCCUGUGAAACUGAGGCAGAGAUUGAGCCCUUUCCUCGUCCUCGAUCACCGAGUCCUGAGGAAGAUCAAUCCAGUAGUAGCAGCAGCAACAGCGAUGAAGAAGACAACCUUAAUGAUCGUCGAUCAGCAAUGCGACAACGUAAUGCACUCAGAAACCGUCAAAAAAUUCAAAGGGAAGAAAAGGCUAAAGUAAACACAGAAACCACCACAACCAUUGUAGGUGAGGAUGUGUAUGAUUAUCCUCAAAUUACCGUUGAUGAUCAUUCAACAUCUUCGGAAUCCUCACCUGAGAGAAGAAGUCCAAACGAAAUUGACAGAAAAUCUUCACUGUGUUCAAGCAUAGGCUUAGUUGAGCGAAAGAUAUAUAAAGCAUAUAAAUGGCUGCAAUAUUCUUACAUAUCCUAUUCUAAAGGGAAAGAAGGAGAGACCUCCAAUGCAGAUGAGGAAAGUGAAGAAGGAAGGCCAGGCACAAGUGGAAGGUGCAGUACUUUGCCACCGGUUAAGGUAAAUGAUAGCCUACAAAACACAAAUGAUAUAUCCUCUGCAGCUUCAGAUUCUGUACAAAGAGACUCUAUGGUAGAAAGCCUUAGUACAUGUCCAAGUUAUCAGGGAGAAAAACACUCUUGGUUGGAAGAAUUGGAAAACUCUUCACAAGAUACCGGGUCUUUAGAAUGCCUGUCGGAAACUAAAAAAUUGAAUGGAACAUCCAUCCAUAAAGAGGUGUCACCUCAAUCUGAUGACUCUUGUGAUCAUUGUGGCUGUGAAUUGGCACAAAGCGGCCCAAAAAAUCAACAGACUUUAAACCAGCAAUCUCUUUUCCAAAUAAGGGACUCUUCUACUUCUUUGAAUACCAGCAUAGAACAUUGUUUAAGAAAUCAGGAGGAUGAGGCGGAAGGGGGAGAAACAGACAUUUCAUGCUCACUCCAGAGUAAUGGCCAUCUCCAUCACCAUUCCCCAGUCUAUAAUGACAGAGGACAAAGUUCUAGCGAAGCAGGGACUACUGUGUCAUGCUCUCAUACAAACUCUGUUUUACAAAGUGCAGGCUUGCCACAGGUAGCACGAACAUCGCACAAGGACGUAUGUCUAACACCCAUAGGCCCUAACAUAUGUACCAAAGAUGAUUUCACAGAUCAUAAAGACUCUGGUGAUUGGCGGCCUCCUGGUGGACUGAAAAGGCACAGGCAAGAAUGUGAAGAGUUGGAGAAUUCUUCCUCAGAAAAGAAAAAGAAAUCUUAAAAUGUGUUUUCUGUUAAAAUUUAAAAAGUACUAAAUGGUAUACCGUAUGUGUGGCUAUGUGUAACUGACUCGCUAAGCCAAUGUUAAUUUGGCUUUACUGGUUUUUGAUAUGUGACAUAGCCAAAGUUUAGUUUGCACUAAAGAAAACUGUGUCUUCUUUAAACUAUUUUUAUAAUUUGUUCCUACCAUUAUGUUAAUAUUAGAGUGAACUGGCAUCUGGUUUAUUUUUUCCCCCUGCUUUGGGGCAUCUUUAAAACAAAAUGUGUUAAAGACGUGACAACUCUUGUGUUGUCACAUUGUUAUAGAAGGUGAUGGAAGGCUGAGAAGAAUCAUCAAAAUUUUGCCAUCACAACUCUAAAUAAAUAUCUUUUGGUUUUUUUGUUUGUACAUUGCCAAAGUAAACAAAUUCUUUCUGAUUAUACAAAUUAAAUCUGGCUGUUUGUGACAAGAAAAUGUUAGGACUUACUCAAAAGAUUAAAGAAAAAAACUGCUUUUCACCCAUGACUUGUUUGGGUGUUUUUGUGGGAGUGAGGGAUUUUUACGUCUUAUAAACUUAAGUCCUUGAUGGUGGAGAAUGCUCAGGGUGCCUGUUUGGAAGUCUGUUUUAACUAGAAUUCCUUGAUUCAAUCUGUUCUUUAAAAAAAAAAAAAAAAAAGAAGUUAACUGACUUUAAAGUUUAUGCGAUACUAUAAGCAUCAAAACAACUUUAGAUUAAUUAAGUAGUUUUGGUAUAUUGAUU